UCGCAGGAGACGCCCCUAAACAAACGCGGCUGACAGGCCCCUUCGCCGCGCUCGCCCCAUGGCCGGCAGCGUCCGUGGGACCCCCGGCCCUGCCGCGGCCGCUUGCGGAGGGCAGCUCCGCCGCCUUCGGGAGAGUCUCCGGGACAGGUGAGGUCGCCCCCUCCCGCCCUCAGGGGAAGCGGGGUCCUUUCCUGGGCUCCCCCCCCGUGGUCCCCGGGGUCCAGUCCGGAGCCCCCGCUCCCCUGGGCGGAGCCGCCUUGCCCGUUGCUGGGCGCCCGGGCGGCUGAGGGCGGCGACGCGAGGGUCCCGGGCCGAAGGGGCAGAGUUUGCGCGGAGCUCCCGAUGGACUCGCUCGUGUCCUUUUUAUUGAAAUGCUUUGCUUCCUGGGCGCAGCCAGGCUUCAUUUUAGUAGGACGCCCACCUGUCACCCCCCUCUGUGGGGCAAUGAAAUGGCUCAGCGACCGUUGUUUUAAAUUACUUUCUUUGCACCCCAAGUGCUCAGAAAAAUGCAGUAUGUCUAAAUAGUUCUACAAUUUCUACAUUUAGUUAAGUCUUUUUAUUUAUUGAUGGGGGGCAGGCGGCUGCCCCUCUGGCUAUGCCAAUACUUUAUUUAAAUAUCAACUAUUCAAAUGUGUUUUCCUGUGCAAUGUCCCGUGGCAGCUGCCACAAGAGGUACAGGCUUGCUUGUAGGAGGACAGAGUGUACAGAGGCUACAAAAGCUCUGGUGCCAGGCUAUUUUGUGCCAUAGGCAAAGCUAGCUACUUGCAUGCACACUUCCCCCCCCCCCCCCAAAUAAAAUUGCUAGCUUCAGUUUUCAAAAACAGAUGCUUUGCAGGAAAAACAAAAAGCCGCAAAACUUAAAACAGCUCAGUUUCUUUUAAAUGGCAAAACUAAGUAAUGCAACUGUAUUUUAUCGCCUUUCUCAAAUACAAAAGAAAAUGCUUGCAUCCACAAAUCAUUUUGAAUAAGCUUGCAGAUUGCAAUGUUAAAGUUUAAGUCUCUCAGAAGUUUCAUUUCCUGGCACAUCAACAUCUCAUUUUCUCUUUAUUAGUUUUCCUUCAGGUCAAGUGCUAGUGCUUGGGCAUGUGCAAUUGGCAUAGUUGCCAAGCCCACAACAUUGUAAGAUUUUUUAAGCUUGAGCUUCAAGAAACUGUGUUCAAAAUAUAAAAUAAAAGUAAAAUAUUAUCAGGAAUGUAUAAGAUAUAGCAACAGCAAAUUGUAUGAAACUGUGGCCCUCUGAGGUCUCUUCUGUAGGCAGCAGCCUAGUUGGCCUAAUAAUAGUGUCCCUGGGUGUCUGCAUAUGCAUUUUAAUGCCCUGCUCCUGCUGCCCAAAGAAUCCUCCCUGGAAGCAGAAAACUUGCGCGCACACACACACACACACACACACACACACAUAUAUAUAUGGCUGUUUUACAGUCUGGUGUGCAGGGGAGUUGUUUUUUUUUUUAACGUGUAGCGAUUUUUGUGUGUUUUCUGGAGUGCUCAAAAUCAGAAGCUCACCAGGUUAAGUCUUACACUUAAUGAUUCUUCCAUCUCAUUCUGGGGUGCGUGUGCUUACCUGUGUUAUGGUGGCUAGGUCUUGGAGCUGUUCUAUACAUUAUGCUGAAUGAGAUGGAAUAAAGUGAUAGAAUUCUGGACUGAAGCACUCCAGGUGUGAGAGUCAUAUUUUUGAAUGCGCCACCAUGUGAAAAAGUUUCCUACCAGUGUUAGAAACUCAGGUAUAUGAGCUAGGCACCAAAUGGCUCCUUAAACCAGGGUUAUAGUUGCAAAAAUGGAAUACCUAGCUGCCAUUUUGGGGCCAGACAGCUCGAAAGUUGUAUUUUUCUGUAAAACUUUUUGGUUCCUGAAAUUCAUUCUAAUUGUGCAGAUAAAAUAUAAUGGAUAGCAUUCUGCAGCAUAUUGCUGGUGUCUCCCCCCCCCCUCUCUGCAUGUAUAUCCCUGCCACCUUCCUUUUGUUUAUUUUUCUGGACAGCCUGGAUGGCUGUCUCUGUUGCCGCAGCCUCUCAGGUUGCAGCGAUCUCCAGGAUAAAACAACUUCAAAGAAGGGCCUGGUGGCUGGAGUCGCAUACCUAGUGGUGCUCUCCCUCUCCCUCUUGUUUGCCAGAACCGGCCCAGCUUUUGUGGAGCCCUGACAGGGGUGGCAACAGUUGAAGGAGGCAGGCACUGCCUGAGGCGGCGGAUGUGUUGCGCUGGGUGUGCAUGUGCUUCCAUCACUCUUCUUGGAAUGUAGCUGCCACCUGAAGGGCUCACUCAACGUUUGUGGUCAUGGGAUGGAAAGCGAGGCAUAUCCUUUUGCCGUGACCUGUAAACCUGGUGGCAGGCUGAAGCAAGGCACAGCCCUCCCCUCACUCACCUGCGCCAUCUCCCUCCCUCAGCAUGCCUUCCUUCUUGCCCCAGAAUGGAGCUUUUCCAAGCCAAGGACCAUUACUUCUUGCAGCAAAGUGAGCAGGAGCUGUGAUGCAGAUGGCAGAGCCAGGCAGGCUGGGCAAGAAAGGAGUGCACUGCUGCCGCCACUGCCUGAGUGGCUUCAGUCGCUCUGGCGGAGGGGGAGUAGCAACUCUCCUCAGAUGAAAAGACUGGAGGUCAGCUGGUUGGUGCUGUGUGAGGGAGCUUCGAGUCCGGUUCAUUCAGUGCCCCCCCCAAUGCCGCUGAGGCGGUCUGACACCCUCGCUACAAUAGUGUAGCUGGCUGAAGUGUAAUUAUUGAACUGGCAUGAUAUUGGCACACGUGUUUAAAAAUAUAGUAAUACAAUUUUUUCUUAACCAUUUUGAUGAUUCCUGUUUGUUGACAUAGGUCGUCAGAUUCAUGUCAAAGAAUGUUGAAUAUUAAUAGCUAAGUGGAUAGAUACAGUUAUGGAAUAUUGAGGUUCUUAAUAUCCUAUUCUUAAAUAAUGCUCUUGUAUUGAAGUCACUGCCACUUUCUAACAGUAAAAACAGUGCAAGAAAAUUCUGUUAAAGGGAUGGUUUUAAACUUGCAUCUAGACUUGGUUGCCAGUUUACCUGGAGCUUUCUUCUGAGUAGGCAAAAGAUUUCUUCUGGUGCUGUAAAUCUCCCAUUAAACAUAUUCCAAAUUUCCACCAGCAACAUCCAGGAGAUACCAUACUCACCAGGAUAAUCUCCUCAGUGUACCUGGGUAAUCUUAUACCAUCCAACUACCGGUAUAUAUUUUAUACCAUCCAUCCUGGGCACGUUCAAGUCUUACUCAAGUGGCUGCCUUGUUCCUACUUCCAUGCCUCUUCCUUUCCCAGGAAGACAUUAGUGAGACUUGAACCACCCAUAUCCUUCCCUGUCUUUGGGGCUAAGCUCAGAUUGACCUGUUCACACAGAUUCUAUGGGCACGUGUCCAAACUUAGCUAGGUCUGCCUCAAGGUGACUAGCAGUUAAGUGCAUGGAGGAUGAGCACUUGAGCGUAUACAUUACUGCACAUGAAACGUAUUUCAUAUAAGAGUACAGUAUGUUUAAAAAUUAAUUAGAAAAUGGGGGGGGGAGUCAGAAGAGAUUCACUUCAUUCUGUCAUUGCAGCAAAUGGGAAUAUAGCAAAUGCAUAUCAACUGUGACUGAAUUUAUUCUUAACAGGGUCAAACAGGCACCAUGAAUGGGGAGAUAAAGCAGGUAGGUUACUCAUAAGGAAAAUUAAAAUGCUUUCAUUGAGCAAUGUAAUAAUGUAAUUUCUUGCCUAUUACUAGGAGAUGGAAAUUCCACUCUUGAAGUAGGAGAGAUCAACAAUCAGGUUAAAAAUUAUGGGUCUCUGUAUUCUUCACUUUGUGAUUGACAGACUGAUCCUACAGUCCUGCUGUGCCAGUCAGGGCUAAUGUUUGUGGAAUGUCAUUGAGAGCUUAUACAUGCCCAGCAGCAGAUGUGAAAAAUACAUCUGGACUACAGCAUUAUGAUACAUGCAUACAUAUAUACAUUUAUUUAAAUCAAAUGAUACUUCUAAAUAGCAAAAAAGUUGUCCAUAGACUCUCCAUUUGAAAGGUAAAGUUUUAAAAUGAAUAAUUUCUUAAACUUAUUACCAAUUGACAGUAAUAUUUACUAAUAGAUCAUCUUACAGUUAACAAGAAAGCAUACAAAGGUGGUAUAAAUGUGAAAGAUGGAGAUUUCAAGAAUGUACACUUAAUCACAUAAAUUGUAGUCCUGUUCAUGUAUUCUUAAAUUUGUGCAAGGGCAGAGAGGCAAUUGCAGGGUUCCUGAUUGUGGGGAGCAUUGCAAUUGCGUUCAGCCCAACUUGCUUACCCCACCCCGCCCUGCUCAGUCGCAGACCUUCCUGUUCAACAUGUGGACCCUCUGUCCUGCUACAGACACAAAUUAAGAUUACCUGAAUAGGGGCUGCCAGAUCCAUGUGUAUCUAGAGAGUUCAAGGAUAAAAAGAUCUGCGGUAUAAAGUUUUACAUAUAUCCUUUAUAAAGCUUCUUAUCUAAGUGCCAUUGUGUAUGACUGCAAACUUGAACCCUUUGAGAAUGCUGGAGGAGUCAGAUUGCUAUAAUUUGCAUCCAGGCCACUGGAGAAUGCCAUAAGGUCAGAAUGCUUUUGGCAAUUUGGAUUUUAGUCUAUAGUGGUGCCAAUGUUGAGGGCUUUAACAGCAGUAGGCUUAGAAAACUAUUGGCUUUGAAAUUUUAGCUCUUGAACAGAGAGUCUUUGUACAACUUGCUUUUAUUGUUUUGGUGAUUUUGAAAUAUGUUAUUAAUGUUUUAAAUAUAGUUAUAUGGGUAGCUUAUAAUAUAGCCUUGACUUACUUUUUUUGUUUAUUAGUUGCUGUUAGGGACAGUGUCUCUUUUUCCUGUUUGUGCUCAGUGGCAAUACGACUUAGGUCAUAUUGACACCAUACAUUUAAAGCACAUAGCUCCGCCUCCUGCCCCACCCCACCCCCCAAAUCCUGAACUACAAUUCCCAGCAUUCUUAACAACUUACAGUUCCCAUGAUUCUGCGGAAGGGAACUAUGUGCUUUAAAGGUGAUUGGUAUGGUAUGGUAUGGUAUGGUAUGGUAUGGUAUGGAUGUAUGGUGUGGCCAUGUAUGGUGUGGCCAUACACUCGUGGCCAUGUAUCUGAAAUACUGCAGACUGGCUUCUAGUCAGUCUGACUGGCACCUUGACCAGUCUGAUAAAUAAGCUGAUAUAACUGUUCAAUCCAUUCAUGCCACAGGGUAUGUUUCAUCUUGCCCUGCCCCUUUCAGCCCAGCCACCCCACAACCCUCUUCAUUUGUUGAUUACCAGUAUCUGCUAAGAGGCCAGUUAUCUUCGUCUUCUCACUGCUUCCAAUUUAUGCUUCUUAAUGCUGAGUUGAUUAGUUGGGGUGGAAUAAAAAGAGAAUAAGCUACUGGAAUAGAAGGAGAGUAAGCUGUUGGUGUAUGGUGUCGCUUGGAUUGAGUCUCUCCCCAUGUUACUUAACAUAAACAUAAAUGUGGAGAGGUCAGUCAAGGUUUGAAGUAUGCUGUGAUCAAUAUGACAAGCUGUUCUUAUACUUAGGAAACUUUUGGGGUUCUGAACCAGUGUCUGGAGGUGGUAGUAGGCUGGGAAGCUGAAUCCACAUGUGAGAGAUAUGUUCCUCCUCAGGCGGGAGGGGAACUCUGGAAUUGAGAUCCAGUUUUAGAUGGAAUUUCAUUCCCCUUGAAAAAUCAGCUUUGUAGUUUAGGAGCUUUACAUCUGAAUGAUGGGGUGGCUUUGUCCAGUUUAGAUUGGAACACCGCUGGGCUAAUUCCUGAGGAAAUCAGACCUGGUUAUGGUAACACGUGGCUUUAGUUACAAGAUUGGAUUACAGUAGUAUGCUUUAUUUCCUGCUCCUCCCCGGCUCAGGUGGCGAACCUAUUUGGGCUCGUCCGCGAAAACUGAUGGAUCCUGAUAGAUUCCGACAAGCCUUGCGGAACCCUGCUCCUCCUGGCGACUCAUUAGAUGACCUUGUUGAGGACUGGAAUAACCGGCUCUUGGCAGCCAUUGAUGAGAUCGCGCCUAAGUGCCCUCUGCGACCCUGUCGAAACCGGGCCCCUUGGUUUACUGAGGAGCUCUGGAAAAUGAAGCGGGAUCUCAGAUGGCUAGAGCGAGUAUGGCGACGGACUCGUGACGGAGCCUCAAGAACAUCUUAUAGGAUGCUUAUGAAAGCCUAUGAGAUGGCUAUGAAAGCUGCUAAGAAAUCUUACUUUGCAGCUUCCAUUGCAUCCGCUAGCUCUCGCCCGGCACAACUUUUUAGAAUAAUUAGGUCAAUAACGUCCUUAGGAGGACAACCAAAUUUAAGCACAAAUUCGACCUACAGCUGUGAGGCAUUCGCGAGCUUUUUUGCGCAGAAAGUCCUGUUGCUCCGCCGUGACCUCCCUGCCAAUUUAGAUACAGUGACUGAACUGGAGGCCCCUCGACUGACUUCAGGUCCAGUGUUGGACCAUUUCGAUUGGAUACUCCCUACUGAUGUGGAUAGAUUCCUCCAAGCUGGUAGGCCCACCACCUGCCUCCUUGAUCCGUGCCCGUCUUGGCUGAUUAGGGAGUGUCCAGAUGUUGCGCGGACCCCCCUGGUUGAAAUUAUCAAUUUGUCCCUUGACACGGGGACAUUCCCAGGAGAACUGAAGGAAGCAGUGGUGUGUCCACUCUUAAAGAAAACUUCAUCAAAUCCCUUAGACCUAUCCAAUUACCGCCCAGUUUCAAAUCUUCCAUACCUGGGUAAGGUAAUUGAGAGAGCGGUUGCUGAACAGCUUGGUAGGUUUCUGGAGGAAACAUCGGCAUUAGAUCCAUUUCAGUCCGGUUUCCGUCCUGGUUUUGGGACGGAGACGGCUUUGGUUGCCCUAACAGAUGAUCUCCGUAGACAACUGGAUCGAGGCGGGUCAGGACUGCUGAUCCUUUUAGAUUUGUCAGCAGCCUUUGACAUGGUCGAUCAUGAUCUUCUGGACCACCGCCUUGCAGACGUGGGGAUACAGGGCAUAGCCCGUAACUGGUUGUGCUCUUUUAUCUCUGGUCGGGGACAGAGGGUGGUAGUAGGGAGGGAAAUGUCGUCACGCCACUCCUUGGUGUGUGGAGUGCCGCAGGGCACAAUUCUCUCCCCGAUGCUUUUUAACAUCUUUAUGCGCCCCCUUGCCCAGAUUAUCCGGAGCUUUGGGCUGGGCUGUCACCAAUAUGCUGAUGACACUCAGCUCUAUCUGCUGAUGGGUGGCCACACCGACUCGGCCCCGAACACACUGACCAGAUGCUUGGAAGCUGUAGCUGGAUGGUUUCGUGGGAGCCGAUUGAAACUAAAUCUUUCAAAGACAGAGGUCCUAUGGCUAGGUCAGGAUGGCAUGGGGAUGAGGGACCAACUCCCUUCUCUUGCGGGGCCCAAUUAGUGCCAUUGCCUUCCGUUAAGAGUUUGGGUGUAAUCCUUGACGCCUCCCUUUCCAUGGAGGCGCAAGUUACAGCAACAGCCAAGGCGACAUUUUUCCACCUUCGCCGCAUCAAGCAGUUGGUCCCUUACCUUUCCCGCCCCGACCUGGCCACAGUGAUCCAUGCGACGGUCAUCUCCAGGCUUGACUACUGUAAUUCGCUCUACGCGGGGCUGCCCUUGAAGCUGUCCCAGAAACUCCAGUGGGUGCAGAAUGCUGCAGUGAGGCUCCUCAUGGGGUCUCUGCCAUGGGAGCAUAUUCACCCAGUGCUUUUCAAGCUACACUGGCUCCCGGUGGAGUACAGGGUCAGAUUUAAGGUGCUGCUUUUGACCUUUAAAGCCCUUCACGGCCUAGGACCCUCGUACCUACGGGACCGCCUCUCCUGGUAUGCCCCACGGACAGCCUCAAGGUCCAUAAAUAGCAACACCCUAGUGGUCCCAGGCCCUAAGGAAGUUAGAUUGGCUUCAACCAGAGCCAGGGCCUUUUCAACUCUGGCUCCGGCCUGGUGGAACGCUCUGCCUCAUGAGACCAGGGCCCUGCAGGAUCUGAUUUCUUUCCGCAGGGCCUGUAAGACAGAGUUGUUCCACCUGGCCUUUGGCUUGGAGUCAAUUGAUUCCCUCCCCCUUUUUUUUUUUUUCUUUUCCUUCUCCUCCUGCGAUGAGGCUACAUUUUAAUGUUCCAUUAUUUUAAUGUUGUAUUUUAUUUUUGUUUUUAAGUUGUAAUCAUUCAUCUUGUUUUUAUUAUUGCUUGUAAGCCGCUCUGAGCCCGGCCUUGGCUGGGGAGAGCGGGGUAUAAAUAAAAAAUUAUUAUAAUUAUAAUUAUUAUUAUUAUUAUUAUUAUUAUUAUUUUAUUAUUUCUUUACUCAUUCAUCUUUUUAUGCUGCAUAACCGUAUAAAUAUAUCUGGUGUAGAAAAUGUGAAAUUAAUACAAAAUAAAACAAAUAAAUACAGAAAACAUACUACAUUUAUGUUUGCAUAAACCCAGAGGAGUAAUAUAUGGGCCAGCUUCAAGAGAAGGCUUAAAGGUAAAGCGACCCUUGCGGACGACUCUGGGGUUGCGGCGCUCAUCUCGCUUUAUUGGCCGAGGGAGCCGGUGUACAGCUUCCGGGUCAUGUGGCCAACAUGACUAAGCCGCUUCUGGCGAACCAGAGCAGCGCACAGAAACACCGUUUACCUUCCCGCCAGAGCGGUACCUAUUUAUCUACUUGCACUUUGACAUGCUUUCGAACUGCUAGGUGGGCAGUGGGUCGAACCGCCGACCUUUUGAUCGGCAAGUCCUAGGCUCUGUGGUUUAACCCACAGUGCUACCCGCUGGUGCCUUAAAACCCAUUACAGGUGGUGCCAGCCUAAUCUUAGUGAAGAGUUGUAUAUAUGGAGCUACCUUCUGAAGUAUCUUCAGAAGCUACAGUUGGCAUAUCCGCGGUAUUUAGCUGCUGGUAUAUCACAAUGUUGAGAACGAGGUAUUGUCCAGCCCUAUUAUUUACAUCUACCAUCUUUCUUCCUGCCUUCAGUGGCUUCCUUAUGAUGCAGUCAAGCACUAGUUAUUGGUGUCUUCCCCACCCCACCGCCCACCAAUGAGACAUGAUUGUGACUUGGAUAGUAACUAUGGGAACAAUUCUAAGCAUGGGAAGCCUAAAUCUGUGCCAACUUAAAAUUGUCAAUGCAUCUUAUCUCAAAGCAGGAACUCAAGUAACAUUCACACACCUCCCUCGAAUCCAUGGAUAUGGUACAUUGCCUCUACAAGCAAAGCCAAAUGGCUCUGUUACAGAAGAACAAGCAACUGUUCCUCAGGAUUAGGAUCUAGUAUAAUUCUACUCUGCCCACUCCCGCCCUUGCCACUCCUGCAGAAUGCCCACUUUUCAGAGCUUAUGGUGAUGUAAGUUCCCUGGUCUCGGCUCAGCCCACUGAACCCCAGCUGAAGACUUGCCUCUGCGUAACCCAUCUGAGCUGGAGAUCUGCCACAUCCUAACUUGUUUAUCCCAUCAGAUCUGGGGUUAGGAUUGCACCCUACAUAUUUUAUAUAAUCCUAAUAUAUAAUCCUAAUCCUAUAUAUAUAUGAUGAUAUGUAAACAUUUCCACCUUCCCUGAUCAUAAAAGAAAUGAGCCUAUUCCAGAGUCCUUGUGUUUGCUGCAAGUAAAAUCAAAACUGAUCACCAUUUUAGUUUCGUUUGUGCUUUCACUUGCAGUCUGAGACUAUACAGUGGUGCCUCGCAAGACGAAAUUAAUCUGUUCCGCGAGUCUCUUCGUCUUGCGGUUUUUUCGUCUUGCGAAGCACGGCUAUUAGCGGUUUAGCGGCUAUUAGCAGCUUAGCGGCUAUUAACGGCUUAGCGGCUUUAAGAAAAAGGAAACAAACUCGCAAGAACUCGCAAGACGUUUCGUCUUGCGAAGCAAGCCCAUAGGGAAAUUCGUCUUGCGGAACGACUCAAAAAACGGAAAACUCUUUCGUCUAGCGAGUUUUUCGUCUUGCGAGGCAUUCGUCUUGCGGGGCACCACUGUAUAAGAAUUUUAGCUUUGGUUUUUGUUUGACCUGCACAGUCAAUGAGGAAGAAGUUGACAUUUGGUUUGGAUUUAUUUUAGAAUUUAUAAAUACUGUCUCUCUAAAUAUGUUCAUGUGCAUUAUAUAAUCAUUCCUGAGGAAUGGUUGUAAAGUUAUGGAAUUGUCAUGUUUAACAUACCCUUUUACAUAUAGAUAAAUGAGUUAAAUAGUGACUAUCCUCUGGGAGUUUUCUUCCCUUGGCCUCAGAAAUGGAGAAGAGAAUGUAAACAUGUCAUUUCUUCCUCCUGCUCAGUCUUAUGUCCCAGCAUUGGGACCUAAGCUGCCUCCUUAACAUCCUGCCCACACUUGCCAUAUAUAAUGCUGCAACCAGUACAUUCUCAUGAGGGUUUCUUGGCUUCUCAUGAGAGAAGAUGAGUUUGCAUCCCAGCUGCCAUGGCAACAUGACUGCAUGAUCCCAGAUACCUAAGAAUGGGAGAUAUGAAACUGGGUGGUAGGUUUUUUUAAAUUAAUCUUCCCGUCCUUUCUUUUUGUUCUCCCUAGCUGUUGAGCGUGCAAAAACCCACAUCACUGAAGUUCCCAUUAUCAGAUCCCUCACUAUGUGCUCAUAGCACACUAGAUAUGGGAGCAGAGAUUUGUAGCUCUAUGUUGUGUGGCUUUGUAUUGCAUUUAUGUUCCAUGGGUGGUUUUAUAACCUUGUGUUGUGCUGUGAUUGGCUGCAGGGUUCGUUGAAAUCCUACCUUUUGUAGCUAUGGUGGCAAAGAGGAAGGGUGGGAGGUAAUUCAGGACUCUGCAUUUACUCUAAUGAGAAUACUUAAACUUAUGUCAUCUCUUUUGCAGGUGUAACAUUGUACCUGUGUUGGGAGGGGACAGCAGGAUCACUGAUUGAACUAGGAUUCUAGCAAUGGCCUGUUUAUCCCUAAUGAUGCUCCAAACUCUCCCCAGUUUUCCUCUUUUGCUGGCUGUCUUGAUGAUAUAAAAGUUAUCUUACCAGUGGCUUCUAAUUGGGGCAAGGGUAUUACUAGAUGGGUUUAGUAUUUUUCCACUAACAUAAUGUUAUAGUUUGCCAAUACAGGUUUUUUUUGGAGUGAUGCUGUUCCUACAUAUUGGAUAUAAUUUAUGGGCAGAAUUGCUCUAAUAGAUUACUGUAUGAUUUCUUUGAGAUGUUUGGGGAAGGGUCACCUUUAAAUAUACUGACAGCACCAUUGGUUGAAUAUAUCAAAGAAAAUACAUCCAUAUAAAAGAUUAAAGAAAAGAAGCAAUUGAACCAAUUGCUUCACAGAAACCUUCACGGGAGGUAGAUUUUUCAGGCCUAUAGAAAGCAGUGUUCUACAAGGUUGUCAGGAAUCUACUAGUGCCAAUCUUCCCAUCUAAGAACAGUGAAAUACUUGUUUAAAAGUGUUUGUCCUAAGAUAAGUGUUGAGGUGGGUUUUAUUUGAUAAGUGUAUAUUUACUGCUAUUAACCAUGACAGCAGAUGGGGAGACACCCUCAACAUGUUUUUAAUUUAUUUCUUAGUAUUUCUAAUGUUGUCAUAUUUACAUUCUACUUUUCUGAAGCUCAAAGGAGAUUACAAUUAAAAAUAGCAUUAGCAUGAAUGAACCCAGAUUUACCACCAAGUGUACUGCUGCUGUUGUUGUUAACAUUUAUUUAUAUCCUACUGCUCCUCCAAGGAGGUCAAGGUGGACUACAUACUUCUCUCCCCUCCUAAUUUCAUCCUCACAACAACCCUGUCAGGGAAGCAAGGCUCAGAGAUGGUGACUGGCCCAAAGUGAACCUUUGUGGCUAGGUGGGGAUUUGAACCUUGGUCUCCCAGGUUCUAGUCAAGCACUUUUACCACUGUGCUACAUUGUUAGUGAGCCACAGCCAGUACAGUGGGGCCUCGCAAGACGAAAUUAAUUCGUUCUGCGAGUUUUUUCGUCUUGCGAAGCACGGUUUCAAUUUUUUCAAAAAAAUCUUCAAAAACCUCAAAAAAGGCUACCACACCGUGUGCUAUGAGUUGCUCCCCGAAGUCAAGUCGCAACUGCACCUCUUCAAGCAACGCACCCUGUAUUACUGUAACGGUUUUAAGAAAAGGAAACAAACUUGCAAGACGUUUCCGUCUUGCGAAGCAAGCCCAUAGGGAAAUUCGUCUCGCGAAGCAACUCAAAAAACGAAAAACUCUUUCGUCUUGCGAGUUUUUCGUCUUGAGAGGCAUUCGUCUUGCGAGGUAACACUGUAUCUACUCUCAAUGUGUUAAAGAUAUUUUGUAAGAGAAGGAGAAUAGGAUGGAGGCUCUGUUAGAAUCCUAUGUGUGGUACAUGCAUGGGAAGCCAGUUGUCUUAGCCAUGUAGCAGGAAGUACUUAAACCAUAUGUCUGUUUCUGCAUCCUUGUAAGCAGUAGAUGAUGUUAUUCCUCCUACCAUGUGGCCAAAUGUUACAAAUGACUGAUUUCCUACAUCAUUUCAAGGUGUGCUUUCCAAGAGUUGGUAAUCCUGUAUCUACCUCCAGAAGAGGCAAGUUGUUCCGGUGAUAGCUGCUACCUCAGAUAGAUUAGGAUCAAAGCAGUUUGAUUAAUAAUGAUAAUGAUUCUUGAUGGCUUGGAAUUCACAGUGAAAAAAUAAUGUUCCUUGGGUGUCUAGCUCUUCUGAAACCUGUAAAAUAUCUUCCUUUUCUUUACUGCAAAGUGAUUUGUAGUGUACCAUUUGUAUAAUAACUUCAUCACUCUGUACUUUUAGUGAAACAAAGAGGUUGGAGUUGGAAAGAAAAAUGCUUGAAUACACCACAUGUGAUACCCGCACGUAAGUCUGCUUAAGCAGAUUUUGCAUUGUUUUAUUUUUUAUUGAUAAUUUAUUUUAAUGGAUCUGUGACUACAUAGUAUUGACACGAUAUCAUGCCUCUGCUGAGGGAGCUGCACUGCCUGUCAGUAUACUACUAGGCCCAUUCAAGAUUGUGCUUUUAGUAUUUAAAAUCAGCUUGGGACCAGGUUACCUCUUUCCCCCCAUAUAUCUCUGCCUGGCAACUGCACUCUUCAGAUGGGGCUCUGCUGAGGAGAGUACCACAUGCACCAGAUGUGCAUUUAGUUUGUACCAGAAACCAGAGUUUUAGUGUUGUAGCUCUAGCCCUCUGUAAUCAGUUACCAACUGAAAUUAGGCAUGCACAUAGCUUCAUGAUGUCUGGGUGGGUACCUAAGAUGUUUUUGUUUAAGCAAGCUUUUCCUGAAGUGUGACUCAGUCAUUUAUGGAAUAUUAAUUGUACAUCUGUAGAAAUGAUUUUAUUGCUUUUAGUUUGUAGAAAUGGUUUUAUUGCUUUUAGAGCUUGUAUUUUUUUCUCAAUUUCUGAUGACUUCAGCUUGUGAAGUGGUUUAUACAAGUAAAACUUGGUUGAUUCACAACCAAUUCUUGUUAUUACAAUUUUUGGAAAUUCUAAUUUAUUAUAAUUUUAUAUUUGAAAAACUUUAUAAUUGGUUAAAAUUAAUAUUCACAUAACAAUGCUGAUUGGCAUCUGUCAGCAAAGGUUGAUACUGCAUCCUCUUGCUUUUCACAUUGGGGCCCUCUGGCUGGCAUUUCCCUGUUCUAUCUUCCUUUUUGCCUCCGCCUGUUCUGCUCUAAUGCUGGAAGUGCCAAAGGAACCUCACUUCGCUAGAGGCAGCAGACGAAAACCCAGCCUGGUCCCUGCCCAUACCCCACGGCCUGCCCAUCUUCCUUUCAUGGUGAAUGACAGCCAGCUGCCCAGUUCCCUCACUUCCCUCCUUGGAAUGAAUACAGAGAGGGAGAGAGAGAGAGAGAGAGAGAGAGAGAGAGAGAGAAAGAAAAGGGAUUGAUAUAAUUGUUGCUACAGUGAUUUUGUGAAUUACUGAAGGAGGAAUAAAAUAUGCACAAAAAGGAAUAAAUUAAUUGAAGCCAGAGGAUCUGGAAAGGGCAAGUUUGGGGGGGAAGGGCAAAUUGAUUUGCUGUGAUACCUGGGUUCAGUAUAUACAGUGUACACUGCUAUUUUUCUAGAAAAUGAGAUGCCGGAACUCAUCAUGAACGCCUCCCUUGUUCUCUUAUAAUGGCAAUGGCACCCACAUGAGAGGUGUCGGAACUGGGUUUUUGCUGAGUUUCGACUGAAAAAAACCGCCCUGAACGUAUAUGUGUGUAUAUACGCUAGCUACAAGCUGUAGCCAAGAUAAUUUAACCAUGAGCCUGGUUUCAGACCUUGGAAGUACAGAAGCAGAAAGGAUCGAGGAGCAAAACAGCUGCAAGCUGUUCUCUGGAAGCCCACACUGUUGUUUGGCUUACAGUGUCAUGCAAACUGGAGGGAGAGGGAGAGAGGUGGCUCUGCCCCACCCACUUUUUGGGUAUGCUGCCGCUGAGAGAUUACCCCAGGGAUAAAGUGGUCUUGGGAGGAAUAGUUUUGUAUGCGCCCCGGUGAGGGUGGAUCUUCACUUUAAUUGAUUUGAAUUAAAGAGUGAUUUGAAACACCAUUAACAAAGGUUAGGAUCUCAGUGUAGCUCAUUUGUGGGUGUGCUCCCUUUGUGCACCAUCAAGGUACAGUGGUAUCUUGGGUUACGAACAGCCUAGUUAACGAACUUUUUGGAUUAUGAACACUUCAAACCUGGAAAUGAAUGUUCCAGGUGGUGUAUUUUAUUUUAUUUUAAUUUUUUGGUAUAUGAACGUACUCCGUUUGGGGGUGCACUUCCGUUUUGUCGGCACGGCCUUCUGUCACUCAGCGCCGGCCGUGGCAGCAUCACCCAGAAGCAGAGAAAGGGGAUGUUGAUGCUGCAGUGAUGGCGGCAGCAGAGGGACCCAGGGCUGGGUAAGACAGAGGGAGAGAGAGAGACGCACAAGAGACACCAGCUGCUGUGCGCCAAAGCGUGCUUUGGAGAGACCCCUGUUGGGACUUGGAGAGGAACACACGGCGGCCAGGGUGGUUAUUUGGGCGAGGCAGGAGGGGGUCACUUGUCCUUAGGAUCCCACGGCAGAUAGAGACGGGAGGGUGCAGGGAGGGGAGUCCGUGGCGGAGAGCCUGAUCCGGGUUGAGUUUCCUUUUGCUUUGCACAUGCCUCCCUCCCCGGGGAGUGGAGAUUAUCGGUUCGCCUUGGGCCUCCUUCUCCCCCGAGGUGUGAUGCCUUCAGGGAUCUCCUCAUGAGUCGGCCUGGCAGCUCCACCGAGUGCACUGUUGCCAACGUGGACCAGCAGUGGCUCCCCGGAGUUUCAGGCAAGGAAUGGGCUCCCUCUCCCCCCCCCAGCCCUUCCUGGAGGUGCCGUCCUCCAGAACAAGAUGCCAUUCCUCAAGGAUCUGGGCUAAGGGUUGAAGCGGAGAAGGGGAACGUUGCCUUGCCAUGCCGAGCAGGGAUGUCGCUGCUGCUCCCCGGCAAUGAAGCACAGAAGGGGGACGUUGGCAUCUUGUCCCUCUGCUGCCACCAUCACAGCGGCAUCGAAGGCUGUGCUGCUGCUGCAGCAACCACCCCUCCCCCAGGACCGGGUGUCGCCCUCCCAGUCGCUGCUGCAGGCCCCAGAGCAACGCCAAGCGGCUCGGCCCCAGAAGUGACUGCCAUGGCAUUCCCUCAUAGGGCACAGGGCGGCGUGGGCAGGAUGCUGGCACCGCUGCUGCAGUAAGGGUUUUUAUACUGGGUAGUAGAUUGCAGCCUGGUCUAUUACUUUCAUUUUAUGAAUCAAUGGCCUUGUUAGAUAGUAAAUUUCAAGUCUACUUGCUGUUUUAGGGGUUGCUUUUCAUUGUCUGGAACGGAUUAAUCCGUUUUCCAUUACUUUCUAUGGGAAAGCACGCCUUGGUUUAAGAACGGACUUCCAGAAUGGAUUAAGUUCUUAACCCGAGGUACCACUGUACCUGUUUCCUGGAGCAGCAGAAUUUGAAUGGCACAGAGAUGGGAGGACUACAUGGGGCUAUGGAAGGCAUACAUGGAUCUCUCAGUCUCUGUAAAGGCAGCUUGCACUACCCAUGCACAUGAGUACAUGGAAGGGAAAGGGGAAUGGAACGGAAAGGGUUGUACUGAGCCCUUUAUAAAUCCUCUGGGCACUCCGCGUGAAGUGGAUCAGUCCCUUACUUUUAAAAUAGGAACUUUAAUUUCAUAAUUGUAGCUUUGGACAUUUUGUUGAGGAAAUUGAUAUGAGUGUUUAAAAUGAAAAGGAGCAAAAUGUAAAUAUCGUAUUGGAAUUCUUCCUUCGUGGAUUUUUCUAUGAAUGAUGGCUUUUGGCAGGAUUCCUGUCAGAAUCCUAGGUAAAUAUUUCUCUUCCAAGAAUAAGCUCAUAUACACGACAUGGAAUUGUUUCUCUUUUUGUUUCCCACUCCUGGUGUAGAACUAAAAUGAAAUACAGGAAGUUAAAAAAAUACCUAGAAGAAAUAUGUGAGCGUCAGAAAAAGUCUUUGCUCCGAAACCAAGACUUGUUGAAGGAAUUUGAUUGCAUUGAAGCUCAAAUUCAGAAGUUUGCUUCAAGAUCAGAGUGCCUUCAGAGGCUGAAGGUAUUAUAUACUUUACUUUAAUAACUAUAAAUGAUUUUGAUGAAAACAGAUUGGGUGUACCCACACUUUGAUAUAAAUCAGCUCUAAAACUUUUUUUAGAAUAAUUUGCUUGCCGUGUGAAAAAUGCAGACCUGCUGUAUAAGUAAAGCGGUGAACCAAAGUGGCCUUAUAGCUUUGGAAAUGAGGGAGGGUUGAGGGCACAGAGAACCUUGAAUACUCUUUAUAUACUAUUGAGGCUCCGUGCUCAUGUUCCUAUUUGCUAAAUAUAUGGUGUUUUGGUUCCUUGACCCAUGUAACUGGAUCCAAAAGAAUAGAGGAAACACCACCAGCAUUUUAUUACAAUUUCUUAUGAUGUUGUUUUUUCUUGAGUAGUAUGUGAUUUUUAUUUUUACUGGCUAUUGAAGCAUUCCGGAAUAGCUGCAGUGGAUUCUGACCCUGUUGUGGUCUUUAUGAGAAGCUUGUUUGACAGAUUGAACUGUGCUGUUUUGGAGUUAACCACAUUACCAUUCCAUUUUGGUUUCUCUUCCAUCAGCACUCACUUUUUGUUGGGAUUUAUUUCGAUAUCAGAGUUACCAUUAUUUUCUUUUUGCCAUACAAUCUGUACAAUACUAGCUUUUUCCAUAUAUGCCACCUGGAACACAGAACUCUUGUGACAUAUGAGUUGUGUAUCCAUGGUAGACUAUAAAGAUAGUAUAACAACAAAUGUUACAAAAUGAAUUACAAGAUAAUACAGUAAUAUUGCAAUGUGUUCAAAUGCAUUGUCAGUUCAUUUGUAUUUUGAAUUGAAUGAAGUGUCAUACGUAAAGGUUUUACAUUUUAAAACAUGCCUUUCAUCUAGUUCAGAUUUCAUAUUGGUACAGUUUAUCAUCAGACAAAUACAACAGUAAAUAGAUAAAAUGUUUCAACUACAUUAAAACUUUAAUCAGGUAAACUGCUAGGGUAAAUAAGUAAUGUUUUGAGAAUUCUGUUCAGAAUGCUUAAUAUAUAUGUUUAAUAUUUGUUUCACUGCCUGUAUAUUUAUUACAAUCUGAUUGCAGUGGAAAACUAUAUGUUUUACCUUUCCUCAAUGAAAUCAGUAGAGCAUACUUAAGUUUGGCUGGAUCACAGCCUGAAUCAAUAUGCAGACUAUUUAAUCUUAAUUUAUGAUGCCUUUUUUAUAUAUUAGGCAGAGUAUGAAGGAGGAUUUAAGAGAGAGCAGAUUCCUGAGAGAAAAAAUAUUUCAAAAAGCAAUCAGAGUGAUGUUAUGAAACACCUGGUAAGUAAAAAUAUUCUAAAAGGUAUAUCUAACCAGAGCUAAACACUUUGGGCAAAGCAAUCCAAACUGGGACUGGGGACAAGUGAGAUGGAGCAGAGCAAUGGACCCAUCACUGCAUCCCAAGCACUGCCUCCUUGUGUGACCAGAGCAGAAGGCAAGGGGAGCCAGUGUAAAGAAUUUCCUCCCUGAAUGCGUUUUCUGUGCUUUGACUCCAGCAAGUCCAAAGCCACCAGUACUCUAUCCUGUUUGAAAGCUAUUUUGCUAGCUACCAACUGGGUGAUGCUGAGGCCUCUGUUGUGGCAGAACCACCCAGCUGGUGGCACUCCUUUCCACAGAUGUUGGCAGAGGCAGCUAUGCACCAACCAAAUACUGGCCCCACGAGCCAUCAGUGCAGCUGGGUUGUGAUCUAAAUUCAUUUCAAUGGUGGAGUUAAAAAGGCAUGUUUAAGUCUCUCCCUCUGAAAUCAAUGGGACUGGGAAGUAGCUCUGGCUGGAACAGAUCUGUAGUCUAUUAAUUGGGGAGCUGUUAGAGGCGUUUAUUUUAUUCAGGUAAAAAAUAUAUUUUGCAAACCUCUUGUGUAAUUACUUCCGCCAUGCAGUUUAAAUCGUUCCAUAGUGCUGGAAAAGAAACAAAUGUCCAUUGUGAAAUUUAAAAAUACUAUCACACACACACACACACACCAUGUAUGCCAAAUAUUUAAAUUUAAGCCCCCCAAAAUUAGCAUUUAUAAUUUUGUACAUUUUGACUUUUUCCUUCCAAAAGACGCCAAAAAGAAGAAAAACAACAACAGUCACAGACAAAGCCUGACGAGAAAUACUCAAAUAUAUUCUGCUAUAUAUCUGCAGUAGUGCAGCCUUCUAAUCCCUCCUCCUAUCUCCAUAUAAAUGAUACAGUUCAAGACCAGAGCUGUUUUUCUUCCCUAAAAGCAGGAAAGCUCUUUUAGAUGAAAUGUCUAAAAACAUCUUGUAAUAACUUGGAGCAUGCUGGCAAGAGUAGUCACUUGUGACUAUGUGUGAAACCCCCUCAGCUAGUCGAUAUUGUAAUAAGCCAAAAUGGGUAGCAUCACUCCAUUAUUCAGAAAAGCCAACAGCAUGCUUGUCCCUUAGGCUACAGCAUUCAUUAAGGAAAGCUUACUGGGCUGAAAGCUGGAAACAGAUGAUAACAGGAUAUGAUUUUCAUAUUUAAUGCAUUCCUUGGAAGAGUAUGUGUGCAGCAGAUUGAUAGAAGAAUCAACUGCUACUUUGCUAAAAGACUUUCUAGUUUGCCCUAUAGCUACCGAUGGAAUCAUUCAGCCAAGAAAUUAACUUUUUCUCCUUUUACCUGCUUUAUGUAUCAGCUAAGCAGGCUGUCUUGCUGCCAGUAAAUGUUAUUAUGCAUUUAACUGUUUGGUAUUUAAGACUCUUAUCAGGAAAGAAACAGAGGCAACACUAUUUUGUGUUUUUGUGUGUGUGUGUGUUUAAUAGUAUCAGGAAGGUUUUCAUUUUUCUUUCUUCAUUGCGUUAGCAGACGUUAAUCUGAGUUUAUAGAUGUUUUUCCUUCACAGUAGAUUAAAAAGGUGGAAAAACCUUGAAUUUAGGCCCUUCUUAAAAUAUACAUGGAGCAAUGAGCCUCACCAGCCUUGACCUAUAUAAGUAUGCCUUCUACAAUGUUCAGAUAUUUAGGAAGCGAUAGUGAUAGAGUUCUGAAAUACUAAUUUUCCUGUGUUGUUUUUAAAAUAUUUGUCCUUGAAGUUUUUGAUCUUAAAUAAAUCUACAUUUCAUUGCAGCCCUACUUACAUAAAUAUCUGUAUAUCAGAACUACUAGAACCCUUAUGAUACCAUGGUACUUUAGUACCCCAUGUCAUAAAUUAUUGCAAUGGGUACCUCUUCAUUUCUUUACUUACCUUCUGGAAGUAAAUUAAAAAAUAAACAGGCAACUAUAACAACAGUUUAUAAUAUGGGGCACUAUAGUACUGCAGUCAUAAGGUGUUCAUUUAUUUUAUUUUUAAAAAUUCUGUCCCACCUAUUUCUCCAAAGGAACUAAAGGCAGCCACUAAAUAUUAAUGAAAACAGAAAACAAACAUAACCCCUAAGAAGGCCCAAUAUACACUCAGAGUUAAGAGUAUCAAAUCCGUUAAAAAAAUUCCAGCAGCACAAAAAUGACAAGGAACAACAGUGAUGUGUCUAUAUAGAAGUGGCUGAGAUCCAAACUGGCCCAUGUGCAAGUGGAAUGAGCCUCCACACAUGCAUUGGACUGCAGAUAGAGAGUUGGUGAUUCCACUUCCAAGCUGCAUUUCCCUAUUCUGGAGAAUCCCUGAUUCCCAGGAGCAAUUUUUCUAGGGGUGCCAGAGGUUGCAAGUUAACUGGAAAAUUCUUGCAAAUAAUAUAACUUUUAAAAAGAUGUGGAUGUAAAAACACCAGCAUUUCCCCUAUUAAUUCCACAAACAAUCUCAAAAUAGCCAGAGCAACCCAGAGAACAACUGACAGUUCACAUGGAGCAUGUGCUGUGAGGGUGAUGUCAACUCUCUACAGCUGACAGUCCUCUAGCCCAGUGGAUUGGGAAUCAUACUAUCUUUGCCUAUCCUUUUGAUGGACUGCUUACCGGAAGGGCCUUGAUGGACUUCUUAGUAGCCAUUGGGCCAUGGGUUGGUGGAUUAUGCCAUGUUGUGCAUUUUCAUAUAAAUUAAAUUGUGCAGGGCCAUCCUCCCAGUAGUAAACCUGAAAGCAGAACCUUGGUUUCAGAAUGUUGCAGAAGGUCAUGUAUUACUUGAUUGCCUUUGUGACUCAGAACUAGGGAACAGAUAGAUAUCUGCCAGUACUGUAGUUAUCUGUUUAGUGGUAGAUGGUGGGUGUAAUUCACUGGAAGUUCUGCAUAGGUCCCAUUGAAAUGAAUAGAACUGUAUAGAUUCUGUUUAUUUCAAUUGAAUUAACUAGUUGUGCCCAUAAGUCCUUUGUCCUGACCUAUAGAAUCAUAGAAUCAUAGAGUUGGAAGAGACCACAAGGGCCAUCGAGUCCAACCCCCUGCCAAGCAGGAAACACCAUCAGAGCACUCCUGACAUAUGGUUGUCAAGCCUCUGCUUAAAGACCUCCAAAGAAGGAGACUCCACCACACUCCUUGGCAGCAAAUUCCACUGUCCAACAGCUCUUACUGUCAGGAAGUUCUUCCUAAUGUUUAGGUGGAAUCUUCUUUCUUGUAGUUUGGAUCCAUUGCUCCGUGUCCGCUUCUCUGGAGCAGCAGAAAACAACCUUUCUCCCUCCUCUAUGUGACAUCCUUUUAUAUAUUUGAACAUGGCUGUCAUAUCACCCCUUAACCUCCUCUUCUCCAGGCUAAACAUGCCGAGCUCCCUUAGCCGUUCCUCAUAAGGCAUCGUUUCCAGGCCUUUGACCAUUUUGGUUGCCCUCCUCUGGACACAUUCCAGUUUGUCAGUGUCCUUCUUGAACUGUGGUGCCCAGAACUGGACACAGUACUCCAGGUGAGGUCUGACCAGAGCAGAAUACAGUGGCACUAUUACUUCCCUUGAUCUAGAUGCUAUACUCCUAUUGAUGCAGCCCAGAAUUGCAUUGGCUUUUUAGCUGCCGCGUCACACUGUUGGCUCAUGUCAAGUUUGUGGUCAACCAAGACUCCUAGAUCCUUUUCACAUGUACUGCUCUCAAGCCAGGUGUCACCCAUCUUGUAUUUGUGCCUCUCAUUUUUGUUUGCCCAAGUGCAAUACUUUACAUUUCUCCCUGUUAAAAUUCCUCUUGUUUGUUUUGGCCCAGUUCUCUAAUCUGUCAAGGUCGUUUUGAAGUGUGAUCCUGUCCUCUGGGGUGUUAGCCACCCCUCCCAGUUUGGUGUCAUCUCAUAAUUGUGCCCAUUUAACUUUGGGCACUGAGCAACUUCAGAAGCUUGUAAAAACUCCAUUCCAGGGUUUGAGCCCUGAGCUUUUAUGCCUUCAAAGACUCCUUAUCUCGGCAGCUCAUAAAUCUUGAGGCCUGCUUGGCUCCACUCCCAGGCCAAUUAGCCGGCCGGAGUUCAAAGAGACUUUGCCACGUGAUUCUGGGCUCGAAACCUGUUGUUGGGAUACUGCCAGGGAGACAAAGUCCAUCAUGACUCCACGUCGCUUCCGGACGUCCAUCGAUCUCCCGUAGACACGCAGUAUCAACAAUUAGCGACACGAGCUCCAGAAAUAGCUUGCCACAUUCCAGAGCUGAUGCACGCUCUAUCAGCAGAUAAUGCACAGCGAAAGAUGCACUCAGGAGAGCAUAUUUACAAGUUUAUUCAGCGUUGGUCAGAACAAAGAAAAAACAUGACUGCCUGCUUCAGUGUCUCAGACACAGAGAGAGAAACGAAAGCAUAGACACAACAGAAACAUCCUGUGAACAGGAAAUACGCAGGCUGUGACACAAACAUCCUGCUCCCUUUUAAGGUGGAACGGAAAUAUCCUAACAUGCAGUUGGUUCUAGUUUUCUCUGCCCAUAACCACCACACUUACAUACUUGACUUUGUCUAUCUGGUUCUCUCUUGGAAAUAGUUAAUGCUUGUUCUUGGUGAGCAGGUGAUUGCCAGCUUACAUGUUUUUUUGGGGGGGAGAGAAAAACCUGCAUAUACAAAUGCAAGUUUUCUGAUAUUCUGUCACCUUCUCACUUUAGUGUGACCAAUUAACUAUUUGUAAUGUAGUUGAGAAUAUGGUCAAAACUGUCAGCCAAAUGGUAGAGCAGCUGCUUUGCAUGCAGAAGAUCCAAGAUUCAAAGUACUUGGCAAUGUGUAGAACUGUACACAGUACUUGCAUUUAGAAAAGAGUGGGAUACAAUUCAUUGGGAUGUUUUCUUGUGCUCGCCAACUCAUUUCAGCGGGCUUUACAUAAGAGACCAUCUGGUUUGAUUGUGCCUAUAAGAGAGCCUUGCAGGUGUGCACAUAUAUUUUAAAUGGAUAACACCUUGUUCAUUUUAAAAUCCCCAUCCGCAACAACAAAAAUUACUCUGGUUUCAAACUGUGUUUUUCAGAUGGUGCCAGAAGUAAGACAGACAGGAAUUAACAGCAGGACAGCCAUGUCAAGAGGACUGUAUCAUACAGCAACAAUCUUUAUGGGACGCCAAAUGUCAGCUGUCUCAAGCGUUGAAGAUUUCAGUGUGCCGCCGAAAUCUUCUGAGCUCACAAAGAGCUUUUCAAUUUCUGACCCACAUUCACAUAGACAACCAUCACAGAGCAGUUAUGUGACAGACAGCUGUGUAGUACGAACUAAUAGUGAUCUACAGCGCUCAAAUAAGUCUGACAAAAUAGAUGGAAAGACAUAUCUGCUGAUGGGCAAGGAAACGCCAGUCACAUCCAGUGUAUCAUAUGAGAAUGAAAGAACUUGCUGUUUAACAGUAGAAAGCAAGACAAAUAAUUGCAGUAGUAAUUUUGUGGAAAGCAAAAUGUCUCCUGAACUUAACUCCCUGUUACAUGGAAGAUUAAGUCCAGAGAACAGAACCACCGAUUUAAAAAGUGACAGUUCCUGCAAAUCGUUGGAAGAAAUACUGACACAUGAGUACUCUGUACGAAAUGAACAAGGAUCUAAACGGCCGAUCUUAUUGGUGUGUCGCCCUGAGCAGCUUGUUUCUGGAAAUGAGCACUCGAGAGCAAAAUUCCCAGGUAUAGUGAUGAUGUGUGUAAUGGAAAUAGCUCUCCUCCUGCCUAGUUGGAUUUUUACAAUGGUAUCCAUCACUGCAUUAUCUGCAGAUGCAAAGGAACUGCAUUUUUAUAUACUAACAAUGGCAGGGACGCAUUGAGGGCUAUCUAUUGCUUGCAUUAAGUUUUGUUUACUGCCUGAGCAACUAUAGUGAGAGUCCAUGCAAGAGACCUAUGUCCUUUAUUUACUUUUUGGGUGCAGUUUUCUAGAUCUCUUUCAUGUUCUUGAAUAGAAAUAUCUGUCCUGUUGUCUUCAUUACUUUCUGAGGAACACAGUACUGUAGUGGAAAAGAAUUUAACUUGACAGUCCUUUAAAGGGGCAUUCAGCAGGAGUACACAGUUACCUGGCCUCUCUAAACACCCAGUUCCAUUGCUGUUGAUCUUGCUGUUCAGGAAUGAAAGUCAGACUUGUUUUUGUCUGUCUGCUUAUUCCAUGAUUUUUAAAUUGGAUUUUCAUUGAACUUUUCAGUGCUAUAACUGAUUUCUCUCUCUCUGUUGGUUCUUGAUUGUAUUUUCUUCUUCAUUAGUUUCUGUGGUAGAGAUAUCUAGCUUCAAUUCUGAAUACGUAUUCCUCGUUAUUUGUUCAUAUUUAUAGCCUGUCUUUUUUGAAAGAAAAACUCAAAGUGGGUAACAUAAGAAGUAUAAAGUAUACAAGAGGCCUUGUGGUCUUAUUCGAUUGUUCUAUAGGAAAACUAAUCAUUGGUGAAAUAUGCUGGUGGAAUUGACUCCAGCAGACAAACAGAAGACAAUCUCCUUUGGUCUCUACUUUUCCAUUGAUUGAGUUUUUCAGUACAGUUUUUAAAAAUUGUAUAUAUUUCUAAAACUUUCUUCUUUAGACAGACUGUGAGAUGGUUUGUUUUUAUCAUUUACUUUUGUACUUGGUGAUGAAGAUUUUGAAUGGCCUUGACAUUACAGUAUAUUUAUGUAUUUUACUAUAUAUUGCUUUCAACCUUUCCUUUUUUGAAAACACAGGAUUUAACAUUUUUUAAGUAGCCAGUUAUGACCUAUGUUUGGGGAUGUAUUUUUAACUGAAAUAUAUAUACAACUAUUAUCAAAUUUGAAUUAAUAUUUUCAUUGUAAUUUAUUUUUAUUUGUAAUUAUUUUUAAUGUUAAGUUUCUGUUACAGUUCCUGAGGAUAGUCUGAUGCUGGACAAAAAUGCACAGGAGAAAGAAGGUGGAAGUUCAGGUGGAAGUAGUGACCUUACUGUUUCUUUCAGUGAAGAGGAUGAAGAAGGGAAACCAUUAAAACUACAGGAUUUAGGCUGCAGCACACCAUAUAAUGAGGAAGAACAUCCAUGUUCACAAGCAUUAUGUCAUUAUAGCUCAAGUGGAGGCUCAUCUGCUAGUCUCACAAUAAGGUAAAACCAAGCCAUUGAUUUCUUCAUUCCUUUCAGUUGAAACACCAUUUGGAACAUUUUUUCUAAUGAUAUUUUAGCGCAGGUGUGCACGACAUCAUUGGAAGGUUUUGCCACUUUGCCUUCUUUCUCACUGAUCCUCAAGCUGUUUAACCUCCCCCUAAACCUUGUUCACUUCCAGCAAUAAAACUGUGCUUGAUGUCACAGUUUUACGCUUCCAGCAAACAUGGUACUAUUGAGAGAAAGUGAUCUGUUGUUUCACUGCCCCUUGUGGCAAGUCAUUCAAGGUUGCAGAGAUGUGGCUGAAACUUCCUGACAGUAAGAGCUGUUCGACAGUGGAAUUUGCUGCCAAGGAGUGUGGUGGAGUCUCCUUCUUUGGAGGUCUUUAAGCAGAGGCUUGACAACCAUAUGUCAGGAGUGCUCUAAUGGUGUUUCCUGCUUGGCAGGGGGUUGGACUCGAUGGCCCUUGUGGUCUCUUCCAACUCUAUGAUUCUAUGAUUCUAUUCUAUGAUUCUAUUAUGUUACCCUUUUCUGGGCAACAGACAGAUUCUCCCCUUUUGGUUUGGGUCUCCAAGUAGCUGCAAGCUUUCUUGCUUAGUUCUGGUCACUCUACAUGCCUUUUCCAUCCUGCCUAGUCCCCCUGCAAGUGUUACCACAAUAUAACUGUCUGAACUCUGUCUUGUUUCUUCUUAAGCAACCAGAAAUGCUCAUUUUCUGACUAAGUGCUAAAACUGAGGAAUUUCCAAUGGUAUUUGUGAUGCAUCAUAGUCUUUGUGUGGUUCUAUUUGUGCACGGGCAGCGCAAUGUUACACAGGAGGAGCAUGGCGAUUGAAGUAAUAUCCUCCGUCUGCGCCUUUAACUUCAACAAAACAUCGCGCCUUGCGCUCCUCCUGUGUAACGUUGCUCCGUCCACACACAAAUGGAGCCGCACGAAGACACCACACGGCAAAAACGGACUUCCUACAGCCUCCCUCCCAGCUGUAGGGCGGGCAGAGUGGAGGAGGCAAGCAGAAUACUGUACGCAGGCUCCAUGGGAAAGGCAAGAAGUGGUAAAAGUAAUUGGAAAAAAAAGCUUCACCACUCUUCCCCCCCCCCCCCAGCUCAUAUCUGCACCCCCCCCCCAAAGCUCAGCGAUUGCCGGCAAAGGAACAGUGAAUGACGGCCUGUUAGACGCGUGGGGCUGUUAGCCUCUGGGCAAUCUUCCCCUCCUAAAAUUUCAACAAGUCAGGGCAAUUUCCCCCCAUUUUCUUAAUUUGGGGUCCCCAAAAAUAGGGGGCGUCCUAUACAUGGGGGCGUCCAAUACAUGGAAAUAUAUGGUAAAUGUAAUUAGUCAUCUUUACACACAGCAUAAUUUUGUACCUUAUUUGAAAAUAACCUCUUUGUGAAGAAAACGACAUAAUCAGCCUUUAUUGUAAGUGAAGAUUCUGUGUUUAGUUCAAGUGGUAUGUUGCUACAGAUAAUGGAUUCACUUUGUAUUUUAGACCUAGACUAGCUCCCCUUCCCCAAAAAAUAAAUAAAAUGAUUUUAAGCUUUAUUCACAGCACAUUUCUUUUAUGUUUCACCAUUUGUUUUAGUACAUAACAGUACAUCCAGAUUUCCAACCUCCCCCAAUCACAAACUGAAGUUUUGUGCUCUGAGCUUCCUACAAGAUGUCUAAAUAGUGCCGUCUGGUAGUUAUCAAUCUGUUUCUAUUAUUGAUACUUCAGGUCUCCACCAUCCGCCAUAAGAAAUCAGAAAGAAAUUUGAUAGUUCAGGGAGUUGUGAAAUUUGCUACAUGUCAGUAUUGUCAAACUCUUAAAUGAAAGUCUUGUCCAGCACUUUGCCAGUUCCCAUAACUAACCUGUGCUUCAUUUAGAGCCUUAAAAACUUCAGCCUCUUGGAUUUAGCACUUAGGAAGAUAAUGAGUAUUUCAAGCUCAUGUUUAAGAAGGAACAAGGCAGAGACCUUUUGCUUGUGCUGCUUCAGCUGCAUUCAAGAGGACUUAGCACAGAUGGAUUGUGCAUUACAAAAUGUAACACAUAAUUCAAGCUGUCAGCUUAAUCAGACUGUUUCCAGGAAGCAACCUGUAAAAGAGAAAGACCCCUUGUUUGCUGACCCCUGAUCCAUAGCCUGCUGCAUCAUGUCAUCCAUUUUGCUUUUCUUUAUUUAUGUGUCCCUUCCUUCCCCUCCUUUUUAUUAAUGUAUUCCCUUCAAGUGGCACCCUGGAAAGACCACCCAGAGGGAGGAGCACAAUAGGGAGCGAGCUAGCUGAAAUAGAGAUUUUGUAAGACUUCAGUGCAAUGAAAAGCCCUGUUGAACUGCCUGUGUGUUCUCACUGCCUCAAUGUGUGUUAAGUCUAAACUUGAAAACGUCACUCCCGCACCAUCUUCAUUUUCCACUGUUCUUAGUCACUGUUGUGGAAUUGCAUUGCAGUAGAGUUUAGCAAUUUGGGAGAAUAUUUUACAAUUUCAUGUGUGUAAUUUGCAAUAUAUAUUAAAGUUAUAGAUUUUUCAAAAACCUUGAUAAGGCUAAUGAAUGUUGCUGCUGCUGUUCUUGAACAGUUUAUAGGCUAGCUGUGUGUUUUGCUUUGUGGAGUUCUGCUGUUGAAUGUGGAAACAAAACAGGCAGUCUGAAAUAAAAACCUGAAUAGCUAUUUACACCUCUGUAAAAGGAUUAGCAAUUCCCCAUUGUUAAAAAGCUUAAACUUCAAUUUGCAUCAUUAUAGAGGUAUCACUUACUCCAAUCUCUCCAGUAAUAUUUUAUACCUGUAGGGAACCACUAGCUUUGUCCAUUUAUAUAGUUGUAAGAUUUAUAAAAAUACAAUCAUGCUUGGGUACUGUUAAAUUAGAAAGGGCUAAAUGCUAAGUUGUUUGAGCUAUCAUUUGCAGCUCACUGCCUCAUUGUUAAAACUUACAUUUGAGAUGUAUUCAGUGCCUGAUCUGAACAUGAGGUAAGUUUUAUAUUUUUAAAGAAGACAAAGCAAUACACUAAUGUAUUAUAGCUCUGGAGGUUAGGACUCGAAUCAAUGGCUUCAAGAUACUAGAAAGGAGAUUCUGACUUAAACCUCAGGAAAAACUGUUUGAGCUGUUCGACAGUGUAACCUUCUCCCUUGGGAGAUUGAGAGCUCUCCUUCCUUGGAGGUUUUUAAGCAGAGGUUGGAUGGCCAUCUGCCAUGGAUGCUUUAAUUCCUGCAUUGCAGGGGGUUGGGCUAGAUGACCCUUGGGGUCCCUUCCAACUCUACACUUCUAAUAUUCUAAAAGGGUCACAAUUUCUAAUAAUAAAAUCAGGACAGUGUUUGCUGUCAGAUACAGAAACCUGAGGGCUGAUGGGAAUUGUAGUCUAAAUCAUCUCAAGGUUCAGGAAGACUGCUUUAAUGUCUAGGUCCUGUUUGUGGGCGUCCCACAGGCAUUUUGUUGCCUACUAGGAAAACAGGAUCCUGCCCUAGAUCAACUUUUGGUCUGAUCCAGUAUGGCUGCCUUAUGUUCUUAGGUGGGGCUACCCAGUGUGCAUGAUGACAUCUUGACACUGUGUCUCUGCCUGUGCUCUGCUUCAUGGGCUGGAAGCUCACAACGUGAUAAUGCCCUAUAGUUUAGAAACAAGAGCUGGGCCAGUCCUCAUGCACACAUGAAUCUAAAGGUACUGUAGAAGAUUGGGGGGGUGUGCUAGAAAUGAAGUGAUCCAUUCCAACUUUCCUGCUCUUUAUCAAAAGUGCUAGCUCCAUUCAAAAAUAUGAAUAUAUGGAAGAUAGAAUAAGUUAUCCCAUUGUCAUUUUAUACAACACAUUCAUUACCAUGAGCACACAGUGCAUAUUGUAAUUAUUAUUUUUUAAAGUGUUCAUAUUAUUUCAUGAAGUUUUCAAAAUCUUUUUAUUUAUGUGAAAAAUUAGAUAUGACAGAUUUGUGUACACCCCAUUCAUGUAUAAAGUGGAAAAUGGAGACUGUUCUGUUUUAUUAUACCAAAGGAGGAGGAGGAAGAUUCACCUGAUUUUAAGUGGAAGAUCCCACCUUCUUCUUUAUAUGCAAAUACGUCAUACACAUGAAUAAGCAAAUAUGACUCCCUCCCCAUUUACAGUUGUGUGCCCAUUUUGGUUUUAUAUGUGAAUAUUUUAAUAGGUUAUAAUAGCAUUUGUUUAUUUCUGCAGAAAAUCUUUGACAUUUGAAGGAUUUGCUCAUGUCUUGACAUUCAUAGAGCAGUUUGUGGCCACAGCAGAUCAGGAACACCUAAUGUUAUACCAGAGGAAAGCUGUGAAUACAGUAGAGCUGGAGACCCUUAUAAGGUUCAAAUAUUAUUUUCUUUUAAUUGGGAGACAGUAAUAGUGUUUGUCUAUGUAUCAAAUCAAAUCUUUAUUAUGGUCAUAGACCAGCAUAAGUAGGGUGGGGUACAAUCAUUUAAAAAUCUGUAAAACGUUUUGGAAAGCUGAAAUUAUUAAAACAGAAGGUAUAUAUAUUAAAACUAUAAGAAGCUAAAAGAAGGGUUAGGAGCAUUAAUCGGCUGUGGAAGAGCAUACAAGGUUAGUAUAUAAAAGGCUAUGGCUAUCAAUUUACAAAGCACUCCAAUAUGAGUGUUCAUUAAAUCUAGUUUGUGGCACAGGUCAUCAUUCAACAAAUUUUGAGCACUGCUAUGCAGAACCUGGCAACAUUCUUUGUUGUAGCAGGGUUGAUACCUGAAAGCAGCAGGGAGGUAUAGAAUUGCCCUGUGCACCCUGGGUCCUUAUGGGGAGAUGAGGCUAAUACGAAUGUCUCUGUAAUACAGGCACUGGAGAAGCACAUGCUCUAUUGUUUCUGUUUGUCCAGAAUUACAGGGGCAUUGUCUCUCGGAGCAAGCAAUCUUCCUGGCGUGACAUCGUGCCAGGGUAAAGGCCCUCCGAUGCUUAGGGACUUUAGUUAGAUAUGCCAUGGGGGAGGCAGAGUAUCUGAUGGAUUCAUUGGCAAUAAAAGUUGGGGUACUGGCUAGAUCCAAUUGGCUGUGUGUCUACUACACAUUGUUUAAUGAGUGCUUUGGCCUGAUCAUAUCCCAUGCUGAGUAGAAGACCUGGAGAGAAGCCCAGGGAUGAGAUUUUAGUUGCCACUGCCUGUUUCCAUGUGGAUUGAAAAACAUCACUCAUAGUUAGUGGGGCAAGGCCAAGGGGAAAUAGAGAUAGUCUGAGCCAAUAGUUGAGUAUAGUCACCCACACUCUAGCCUCCACUUUUGUGAAGCUUGUCUAGUCUCAGAGUGACAUUAAAGACACAUUUUGGGACUUGAAGGACUGAUCUUAGAAAUUUGGAUUGUACAGGUUCUAGUGUAGUGAGAGCCAGUGUGGUGUAGUGGUUAAGAGCAGUGGACUCGUAAUCUGGUGAACUGGUUUGAUUCCCCGCUCCUCCACAUGCAGCUGCUGGGUGAACUUGGGCUUGUCACACUUCUCUGAAGUCUCUCAGCCCCACUCAACCUCAGAGUGUUUGUUGUGGGGGAGGAAGGGAAAGGAGAUUGUGAGCCGCUUUGAGACUCCUUCGGGUAGUGAUAAAGCAGGAUAUCAAGUCCAAACUCUCUUCUAGUCGUACAAAAUUGGAGAAGGGGCCCAGCCGGGCACCAUAGAGAAGUUGUGCUAUUGGCUUGGCUUCAAAUAAUUUGAGUGCUGCAGGUAUAUAGUGGCCACCUCUUGUUUUAAAAAAAAUUAAGGAUUGAAGAUGCGCUCCUCUGAGCAAUAACAGCAACAUAGUCUCCAUGAGCUUUCCUACUGCCAGCAGAAUGAAAAACUACCCCCAGAUAUUUGAAACAGGAGACCUGCUCAAUCUUAUAGCCAUCUAUGCUCCAGGAGUGGCUCAUAGGCCUUUUGGCAAAUGCCAUUAUUUUAGUUUUCUGAUAGUUGAGUUCUAGCUGGUCCUCCUUGCAAUACUGUGUUAGUGCUCUCAGUGCUCUUUUGAGGCCAAUAGGUGUUCUUGAAAAUAUUGCUGCAUUGUCUGCAUAGAGGGAUGUGUCUUCCAGCAAGUUUUGGGAAGUGAAAGUUUGUGCUAUGGAGGUGGCUUACCAUUGAGUUGAUGUAGAAAUUAAAUAAGAGUGGGGGCCAUAUGCAGCCUUGCUUGACACCUUUCUUGGUUCCAGUGGCAUUGGUGAGAUGGCCCCAGGGGUUACAUUUUACAUUAAGUGAGGUCCCUUCAUGUAGCAUACAAAUUAGAUGGAGUAGACGUCUAUCUAUUGAGGUGGCCUCCAGUUUUUUCCACAGUUUAGCUCUGGGUAUGGAAUCAAAUGCUGCUUUGAAAUCUAUAAAAGCAGCAUAAAGAGAGGUUGUGUUGUGGGAGGAGUACUUCUCAAUGAGAUGAUGGAGUACUAGGCAUUGGUCAAUAGUGGAUCAGCCUUCCCUAAAGCCAGCUUGCUCCUCUCAAAGUAUAUUUUCUUGUUCCAUCCAGUUGUGGAAUUUCCAUUGUUAGGUGUCUUGUGUAAAGUUUGCUACCCCAGUGUGGGGUAGUGGUUAAAAGCGGUAGCCUCGUAAUCUGGGGAACCGGGUUCGCGUCUCCGCUCCUCCACAUGCAGUUCACGUCUCCGCUCCUCCACAUGCAGCUGCUGGGUGACCUUGGGCCAGUCACACUUCUUUGAAGUCUCUCAGCCCCACUUUGAAGUCUCUCAGCCCCACUCACCUCACAGAGAAUUGUGAGGGAGGAAGGGAAAGGAGAAUGUUAGCUGCUUUGAGACUCCUGAAGGGGAGUGGAAGGAGGUAUAUCAAAUCCAAACUCCUCUUCUUCUAAUCGGUCUGUAGUUUGCAGUAUCAUCCCUUUUUCCUUUUUUAUAUAUGGGGGCAAUGAUUACAAGCCCCCAGUCCUUGGGGGCUCGGCCAUGGGUGUCAAUGCAGGUGAAGAGUGAGGCCAGAAUAUAGGCCCAGAAGUCCAUAUUGUUUUUAAUGGCCUCUUGAGGAAUUAGGUCUUCCCCUGGGGCCUUCUCCAGUCUUAGCUAAGCUACCAGGUUGUUAAUCUCUUGUUACCAUCACUGGUGCCCACAUAGGCAGAUUCUCUAUAGUUUGACUAGAGUCUCCACUUUUAGCAGAGGUGUCCAAGUAGAGUUCCUGAAAGUGAGCCUCCCAGGUCCCUGGGGGGAUGUGACAGUCCACCAUGGUUGGGCCAUUGCUUUGUGGGCUGGAUGUAAUAUGCCAAAAUGUGGCUGAAUCAUUGGAUUUGGCUGCCGGGAUAAGUCGUGUCCAGGUGUUCUUCAUGGCAUCCCUUUUCUUUUGUGCCAGCAGAUGCUUAUAGUAUCUCUUCUGCUGGAGGAGGUCCAGUGCAGCUGUUGGUUUGCUCUUGGAUACAUAAGCCUUGUAAGUGGCAGCAAGAACUUUUCUGGCAUUAACACAGUCCUUGUCAAAGCAUGUCUUGGAGUGGUGCUGUUGUUGUCUCAAGCAUGUGCUAUUAUUCCAGAUUAGGAGCUGGUGGGGCUCUUGCAUAAGGGUGUUAUAGUUCUCCAAGAGUGCAUCAGGAGAGACAGCAGAUAUCAGGGCACUGCAGGCGAUCUGAGGCCAGUAGUUCAGUUAUCAUUUGGCUUAGAUGAGGAGUACACUUGGGUCGAUGGUAAGUUCUUCCUGCUGGCAUUAGGAAGGGCUGGUAGGAGUCCUCAGUAUGUACAGGUAUCUCUUGAGUGAAGGCUUUUAGCUGAAGGAGAAUUGGGAAGUGAUCACUGCCAAAUUUAGGCAUAACUUCUAGGGUCUUAACAUAAGGAAGGAGGUCUCUAGAAACAGUUAUAUAGUCCAUAGCACUCAUUCCGGAGCCAGAUAGGUAGGUGAAUUCAGCUGGGUAGUCGCUUUCAAGGGCACCAUUUAAAAUGUAGAUGUUUAGCCUAAAUGCUGUUUGAGCCAAGCAGAGGGCUGCAAAGUUUGAUUUCUGAUCUUUUGAGCAGCGGGUGAGGAGGAAUCCAUCGGCUUCACGGCUGAGAGGAGGACAUUUGUGCUGUUCAUAGAGAAUGUGGUCAUUAGGGCUCAAUCUGGUGCUGAGGUCCCCUCCCAGAACUACAAAUGCAUUUGGGUUGAGCAGGAUAAGGUCACUGAUUUAGUUUCCAGUUCAGUCCACGAGACUCUGAUCUGUUGUCUGUGUAGUUUGCUUGUUUUGGUAACUGUGGUUGAAUUUAAUAAGUGGGAAAGGUUUCCUUGGGUGGCUCUCAGCCUGGUCAAGUCUGCAGAGAAGAAGAAUGUAAAGGUGGAAACUCUUAACAAUGAUAUUUGCUUUGUGCGCUAAGCAUGCUCUUUUGGGGAGCAGCCACGUCGCUCUUGUAGGGAGAAGGGAGGCCAUCACAAAGUUGGCAGCAGCCAUGUAUGUUGGGGUACAUAUAAAAGAGAAUUAAGUCCUUGGAACUUAAUACACAGCUGUUUCAGAGUGUGCAAAGUGUCUUUGUUUGGUUUUCUUUUUGUUUGUUGUUUGGGGGUGGGUAAGAGUCUUUGCUGUUGUUUUUAAGCUGGAGCAGGGUGGGGGUGGGGACUGUGUGUGGCACCCCCACCCUGCCCCUCAGUUGUGGGGCCUGAGGCAUAUUGAGUGACCUUUACUAUUUAAGAUGAGCAAUACAACUAAAUGUUCUCUUCCUCUCUUCCUCCCUUGAUUCUUUGGCUACUGGCAGUGUCACUGUCCAUGCAGAGUUCUUUUGGAGUUUGCUCCCUUAGGGGUGUGAGCAAAACAAAACAAGCAUUAAUGCAUCUGAAUCUGAAAAAAGAAUUUACAGGACUGUUUUUGCAGAGGGGACACACCCAGCUCUAACCCUUAUUUUUCAUGUGUCUGCUAGCCAGCAAUGUGGACUGUGUUUUUCCCACAUGCAUGACUUAGUCCAGGGGUAGUCAACCUUUUUAUACUUACCACGCACUAAUGCAUCUUUCUUGAUGGUAAAAUUUCCUUAUUGCCCACUAGGCCUCAAUGGAAGGAGGACUGUGCCGUAGAACUCCCUACCGCCCACCUAGAAUCUUGAAACGCCCACUAGUGGGCAGUAGGGACCAGGUUGAUAACCCCUGGCUUAGUCAGUAGCAAAAAGGAACAUUGGACCUACCUGAGUUCUUCCUCCUGAUCACUCCAGAAGCCAGGACAUAUACCUGUUGCGCCCUGUGUGUGAGAGAGUGUCUCUCCCACAGGUUCAGGAUGUAAUACAGCUUCACACUGAUGUUGGGACCACUGUUCGCUGGGCUGGGAUCUGGGUCUGCUCUGAUUCUCUGCCUUCUUGGCCCUAAAACCACUGCCUAAAGAGAUGAGAGGAACUAUUCCCAAUCUGCUUUUUUCUUCUUUGGAUCACCUUAUUUUUAUCCUCCUCAAGAGCCUUGCCAAAUAGCCUGCCCCCUUUUAAAUGGAGUGGACGGCAGAUUAAUCUUGGAUUAAUCCAGCCAGGAACCUGGGAGUAAACUGCGAAGAGUCUUAAACCAACAUCCACUAUAAAGGCAUCAGUCUCAGUUAGCUUCUUAAUAUCCUGUUUGAUCUUAAGAUUGGUUUUGGGACCUCUCUGUGUAGUUUCUUCAUCUAAAGGAGAGAAGGCCUGACAAAUAUUAAAAUAAAAGCUGCAGUCCUGACAGCUGGAGCAAAUGCCUCAUAGGACUUAAGCAAAAUGUAUCACUUUUACGGUGUUUUAAAACCUCAUUUCCACUACUGGAUACUACUGUCCCAGACACUACUACUGCCACAGGAGCAUUCGUGACGGCUUUCUUCCGGUUUUUCUUAGGCAGCAUGUAGGAUUUCAUUGAAACAGUCUCACUUGGCUUGGAUGACUUUGAGUUUAGCUCACUCACCGUCUGCAAUAUGCCCUCAGGAGGGGAACAGUCCUGCCACUCUGAGUACACUUCCCCGCCCCCCAGUUUGUGGCACUAAUAGUUCUAAGCCCUAGCAAUGCCUCUCUGAAUGGUCCUCAGAACAGUCCUGAAAGAGAACUGGGUAUCCCCUCCCUGUGUGAGGGCCCAAAGACAUACUCUCAUAACUAGACUCUUCCAUAAGUCUCAGGCUUUGCUUAUGUGUUGAUUACAGAACAGUAAAAGGGCAGAGCUAUAAGGAGAAAGGACAUAAGAUGAGGGAGAAGUGAACAAAUUGAGAAAAAUAACAAGGGGGGCGUCAACUAUAGAACAGCAUUGCCUGAGUCUGUUGAUGAGGCUGGACAGAAACAGGGAGAUGGAUGCUGUCCCAAACAGGGAUAACAGUUGUCUGAUUUGUAUAGGUUCUGCCUUCUGGAGUAAGUGGGAGGAACAACCCAGACACCCAUGGGAAAAUUAUUCUCUGAUAUUACUAGAAGCUGAAACUACCUUUUGCAAACACUCUUGGCUCAAUAAAAUACUUAAGGAAGGCUAAAUGUAGCCCCUGAUUCAUGUGUCUUCUAGCCUAAAGAGAGAACUUAAAGGGGACCAGCUAUAUCAGUAAGGAAGCCUCUUUUCACUAACAGUUCAUAGCAGGUUGUGUGAUACUCUCUGACCUCUAUAGAGAUUUCUGGAUCGAGUUCAGCGGCAACUUCUCUUGCUGGCUGUGAAUUGCAUUCACUACCACACUGAAUUGUCCUGCACUAAACUCAAGUACUGUGUCUGAAUCCCAAACUAAAAGUUAAUCUAAAUGCAUAUAACAGCACCCCAAUUAAAAUAUGAAAACACAAUUUCCUGUGGGAAUUAGGAAUAGGAGGAGGUUUUAGAUCUUUUUCAACCUGCUAUUUCCAUGUUGCAAAUCUUCCCAAGUAGCUCUCCCACUGGCUGGGGUUUCUAAUGCACGUUUCAUCACAUUUUAAAUCUUGCCUGCAAAUAAGCUAUCAAAGAGGUCGUGAUGAUUCAGAACAGGAAGUGUGUAUGUUCUCCCUUCACCCUGCCAUUUCUGUAUUCUGAUUUUCCCGCCUCUCCUGCCCUUUAGAAAGUUUCCCCUAUACUUCAGGGCCCAUUACAUCCUGUUACAUAUACUUUUAAGGUAGGUGUAGUUUGUGCUUGACUUCUGCUUGCCUUUAGGAACAGCGAGUUUGUUUGUUUAUCCCACUCUUCAGCUAAAAAAGGUUCCUAGAGUGGCUUACAAAUCACUACAAAGAAGUGUUAGUGACCACCAUACAUGAGCAGUCUGCUUGAGAGAAUCCAUGUGUGGCACAGAUAAUUUGGUUGCUUCAAAGACAUGGAUUCCUCAUGAAUGUUCAAAAUUAGUUGAAAUGCACAGUAAAACUAAACAUUCAUGACUCUGGUUCAGGUUAGUGAUAUGAUGGUUAUACCUGGACACUGUCCCAUUGGGCAGACUCCAGUUCAGGCCCCUGCAGGCUGUGUUUCCCCAUUCCAUGCCAAAAUAAGUGAAAUAACUGUAUGUGUGUUUUCCUCUUGAAAGGAGUACACUGUUGGAAAUGACUGACUAGUCUCCUAAUUUCCCUUGAACUCCAGUUCAAAACCCUCUGUGGGUUCAAGCCCUGAAAUAAAAGAAAGAAUCAUCCUUUCCAAAUAUCCCACCAUAUACUUCCUCAAAGGAGACUUCACUGGGAGAGUUACUCUACUGAAUCACCAUCAUCAUCAUCAUUUUCAUUUAUUACUUAUACCCCACCCAUCUGGCCAGGCCUCCCCAGCCACUCUGGGCGGCUUCCAACAGGAUAUUAAAAACACAAUAAAAGGUCAAACAUUAAAAACUUCCCUAAACAGGGCUGCCUUCAGAUGUCUUCUAAAAGUCAGAUAGUUGUUUAUUUCCUUGACAUCUGAUGGGAGGGUAUUCCACGGGGCGGACGCCACUGCCGAGAAGGCCCUCUGCCUGGUUCCCUGUAACCUCACUUCUCGCAGUGAGGGAAAGGAACUGAGAAUCAUGACUUUAGUUGUGGUUAUUCUUUUGGCAUCAGAAGGGGAGAACACUAACUUUCAGGGAAAUAACUUUUAGGGUAAUAAAAGUACAGUGCAUGCUCGGGCUGUGAUCGUGAUCCAUGCGGGAGGCACGUUAGCAACCUGCAGUGUUCGCAACCCGCGACCCAUGCGUCUGUGCACGUGCGGAUCGUGAUUUGGCGCUUCUGCACAUGGGCAAGCACUGAAAUCCAGAAGUAACCCAUUCCGGUACUUUUGGGUUCGGUGCAGUGCGCAACCCAAAGCAUUUGUAACCCGAGGUAUGACUGUAUCACAGAAGAAGAAGAAGAGGAGUUUGGAUUUGAUAUCCUGCUUUAUCACUACCCGAAGGAGUCUCAAAGCGGCUAACAUUCUCCUUUCCCUUCCUCCCCCACAACAAACACUCUGUGAGGUGAGUGGGGCUGAGAGACUUCAGAGAAGUGUGACUGGCCCAAGGUCACCCAGCAGCUGCAGGUGGAGGAGCGGAGACGCGAACCCAGUUCCCCAGAUUACGAGACUACCGCUCUUAACCACUACACCACACUGGCUCUCACAACUGAGGAGGUUGUUCUAGAUGAUAUUCGAUAUCUUCUAACUUUGCUGUUUACAGUCUAUAUUGAAGCCAAUUGCUGUGGGAACUAUUAUAGAUUACAUGGAUAAGAAUGGUGCUUAUAAUUAAUGGGUUUAAGCAAAUACUUCAUUAAGCACCUGUUAUUGUUUUAUAGCGUCUGUAAUGAAAUUGGCAGCUUAAAACCAGAAGGCCUUGAGGUAUGUGAAGCACUUGUCCUUCAUCAUCUUGAGAGAUUAUUGAAAUUUACAAUUGAUAGAUGCCUUCUACCAGAGAAAACGCUUAAAUACAAAAGUGGGACGCUGGAUGAAAAGCAUGAUAGGUAUGAUCAUUGUUAAGACUUACACAAUUCACUUUAUUUUUGGUCAUGCUAUUGAAAUCAGAGAAUUUAUAGGGAGGAACUUCAUAUACCUGAAAUAUCAUGUGUAUGAUUUAACCAUUCAAAAUGCACUGUUUAAAGAUUUUACAGCUGAGAUGGCUAACCUGUGGCUCUCCAGAUAUUCCUAGACUUCAGCUCCCAUCAUCCCUGCCUAUCAGCCAUGGUGACGGGCUGGUGAGAGUUGGAGUUCAACAGCAUCUAAGAGGCCACAAGUUAGCCCUGCUGUAGGUCAGGUGACAAGACACGAAGGGCCACAGGUUAGCCACCCCUGUUUUGCAGCAUAAUCCGAAGCGUGUCUACUCUUGUGUUCAGUGGAACUUACAUCCAGGUAAGUGUGUGUAGGGUUGCAGCUUUGAAGGACAUACUGAACAAUUGUUUUGUGUUUUAUAUGUAAAGCUUAUGCCUUGUCUAUAAUCGCUUAGGGUUCAUGAAGCAAACUGAUGCUAUGUGCCAGGCCCAGAGGGGCGAAUAGCUCUGGAUCCUCAGAGGAGUGCUGCAGAGGGAUGGGAAAGCAGGACUCCUCUUGUGUUGCUUGCUUGUUUUAGUCUUGUUUGCAGUUCCAUGUUGUUCUUGCUUUUUAUCUUUUAAUUUUUAUUCAAGUUGAAGAGGUCUGCUUUUCACCAAUGCUUGUAGAUGACAGGGCUGUAACUCUGAGAUAGGGAUCUAGAAACAGUCACUCAAGCAUUCAUAAUCUUGAGUCUUAAACAAUGAUGUGUAAGCCAUAUUCAGGCAUUAUCCCUCACACCAGUUGCAGGGCGGGGGGCUGAAUCACUGGUCCUGCCCCCACACGUCACACAACCUAAGCUAUCUCACCCACAUUUGAGCAUAUGGGUGAGAUAGCUUAGGUUGUGAGCUACAUGGACAUGUGAAUAUGGACUAUUGUUUCCUUGGUCCAACUCUACAAUCUCUGCUACUACCUAUGCUAUACUGACCACUAAUAUUUAGAUACUAAUUAUACAGACCUUAAUUUUAAGUUUUGCUUGGGAUGAGUUAAAAUACAUGUAAUUUCAAUUCUUCUCUUAGUGUCUAUUUGAGCAAAUAAGAAUUUCAGAAAAUAAGUUAAUGGUGUUUUUAUUAAAUAAAUUUGUAUUUCAUUAUUUGGCUAACAGUGAAGAUUGAUAGUCUUACAUCUUUAUUGGUAUGUGCUGUUUUGUCUGCCAUAUUUGCUUUUUUCUUUCCCUAGGUCUGAAUUGACAUCUUAUUUUGCUAAGACAUGGAAACGUUUAAGUGAACAUAUUUUAUUGUUGAAGAAGUACAAUGUUUUAUUCGAACAAGAAGUGAAAGACAUGCUUAGUACCAUAUUGACUUUGGAGAGCCACAAGCAACGUGGCCUGGUCAGUUCUUGUUUCAUUUUCUUUUGUUCUUUCCAAAAGAUACCUUGAAGAAACAGAUUGGUGACAGUAGAAGUUUGGUUUUCCAGAAUGCCUACGAAGCAACAAUACAAUAAAUUGUGUAGGAGACACGUUGACUAGUGUAUAUAUUAAGGCAAAACCUGAAUGAGAUUGAGCUGUUCUUUUUCAUUUAAACAUGUUAUUUCUUGUUCUAUUUACUGUUAUAAUGCUUCUAAAUAUUGUGACAACAGCAGUUUUUAAACAUUUUCCUGUCUAACGGGUUACAAAAAGGAAUAGUAAUGUACUUAUUGUUAUUGUUAUAAUCAUACAGUUUUAUUUCUGUUUCUGUAGGCUACAUCAUUAUUGAAAGAAAGCUUUUCAGUAGAAUAUGAAGACAGCUCACUUGCUUGUAGCGAUAAAACAUCUUGUGAUUUGCAAACAAACAAUAACACAAUAAAGCAAGGAAGAUAUGAACAACGGCUUGGUAAUAAUGUUGAAAGGGAAAAGGGUAAUUUUUGUUAAGGCUCAUUCUUAGUCUAACAUACUAUAACACAUUAUAACAUAAUAUAAUACCUCAGGAUAUGCAGUAGUGAAAACUGCAGGAUAUAUUUUCCCCACUCCCCACUGUGGACGUAUAAGAGUCCUCGUGUGCUACCCUGCUCACAAAUGCAGGAUUAGGUGUAUGAAGCUAAAACAAGGCAGCCCCAGUUCCUCUGAAGCUCCAUGUGUGCAAUUGAGUCCUGGCUUUAUGAAGUGAAUAGAGAAGUAUAUUUGAACUUACCUUUGAGUAAGGUGGUUUUGUUUGUGGCUUAUCUACAGUAGUAAUUUCUGUGCUUCGGAAAAUCAUGUGUUCUGUUUCUGGUGUAAAUUAGAAAUGGAAUCAUGUAUAAACUCAUUAAAACAUGUUAUGAAAAGGAAACACCUAUAGAUUGUAAAAUGCAUUUCUCUACAAAACAUUGAAGAACAUAUAUACAGUAUUAGAAACAUGCUUAUUAGUGCAAAGGAAGCAUAGGCAGAUCCCCCCCCCCCUUUUUUAGAAGAAGCUUCAUACUGAGAAAAACAUGUAUUGGCUUAAAAAAAAAAUUAAAUGAAUGUUAGAUGAAUUUGUUUUGCUAAAGGAAGUAAUUUGAUUUAGGAGCGGGAGAUGGUGACUCAGUGUCUCCUUGCAUCAAAGCCCAGAAAAGAUGAGCAAUUAGGACCCAGAUGCCUUUACACGGCAAACAUAAGCAAUGCUGUUUAGGUUGCCUUUCUAGAUUUUUAUUGAUAAAAGAGAGGGGCUAUGAUUUAAACUAAUUUUCUGGGUAAAUUUGUUUUAUGUAUAUCAAAUAUUGAAAAUGGGUUAAUAGCCAAAAUGGCGAAGUAAUCACAAUUAAAAAGAAAAAAAGUCUCAUAACCUAAACUAUUCAAGGUAUUUUGCCAGUUUACUGUUUUCUUUGGCAGUUGCACAGAGAUACAGUAACAGCAUAUUUGGCUAAAGUUCACAGUAGGGUCCUUUUGUAAAGAACUGUAAUAGACAUUUUCGAUCAAUAAACAAGACAUAACAAAAGUAGGGCUUAAAAGAAAGGGAAUAGGGCUUAAAAAGAAAACAAACUGGUCUGAUCACUGUGACUUUGAAAUGUGCUUCAUUAUUGUGUGUGUUCACAUACAGAAGUCACAAGCUGGUGUGAAGAUGAGAGCAAGGAAGAAAGCCUGGUGGAAAAGAUUCCUAUUACAGGUAAAAGUCAUGGCUGCAUAAUAGCCUCAAAUGCGGGGUUUGACUUUAUUAUAUAAUCAAAACAUUGCAUUUCAGCAGCUUGUGAAUUCCCCUAAUAGUGAGUAAAUUCAGCUACUACAUACUGAGCACAGAGAUUAAACGCAAGAUCAUAAAGUCCACGCUUAUGUUAACAUAAACCAAGAUGGAAAAUAACAGUGCCUAUUUUAAUUCCUUGUAAUCAUGUUAUACAUUUUAAACCUUGUGAAUAUCCUGUUAUUUUAGCCUUUCAGGUCUUGGUAUCGGUGUUACAAAGGUCAGUCUCCAUGGGGAAGAAUCAGUAAUUAGAUGGCAAACUACAGAUGUUUCUGAUUUGACUCUUUUCUUUUCUGUAGUAAUUGAAUGUGUAUCAUUAGAAUAAGAGAAGGGAGGAAAAAUUGUGCCAGACAAAAAGCCGGGUUUGUGCCUCAGUUACAAAGGCAUACUGAUAAUUUAAAAAUAUUUUGCAAUAAGGUCUCAUCAGGACCUGUUAAGACCUCUUUUUCUGGCAGCUAAUUAUGUUUGUUUAUAAAGAAUAUCCAAGAUAUCAUGGCAGUUUUGGUUUGUGGAUAGUGUGCACAUUAGCAUCCUUGACAGAUAUCCAUUUCUUGUAAAUAAAUGUAGAACUUCCUCUCUUAUACAAAGAAUAAACACCUUAAUUGAAAAUAUAGAUACUGGGGGGGGGGUGCACGUGCACGCGCAUGCGCAUGCACAUACAACAUAAAAGAAGCAUGCUACUUUAAGUAGCUGUUUUGGAUUUUUAAUGUGAAAGUGCUUACACUGAUACAUAUAUGGCAUGAAAUACGUGAGGAGAAGAAUCGGAAAAGAUUUACAUCCUACUUGCAUUACACCUACCGUGAAACACCAAGUUAGUGUUAUGAUCUGGGGUUGUAUGACAGCAAAAGGUGUGGGCAGAAUUUGUGUCAUUGAUGGGAAUAAAAGGUAAAUGGACCCCUGACAGUUAAGUCCAGUUGCGAACGACUCUGGGGUUGCGGCGCUCAUCUCGCUUUACAGGCUGAGGGAGCCGGCGUUUGUCCACUUCCGCAGACAGUUUUUCUGGGUCAUGUGAUCCAGCAGGACUAAGCCGCUUCUGGCGAAACCAGAGCAGUGCACGGAAACGCCGUUUACCUUCCCGCCAGAGCAGUACCUAUUUAUCUACUUUCACUGUGUGCUUUUGAACUGCUAGGUUGGCAGGAGCAGGAGCUCACCCUGUUGCAGGGCCUUGAACCGCGACCUUCCGAUCGGCAAGUCCAAGUGGCACAGUGGUUUAAACCACAGCGCCACCUGCAUCCCAAUGGGAAUAUAAAUGCCUAAAAAUACAUAGCCCAGACCUUAACCCAAUCAAAAAUCUAUGGCGCUGACUAAAUAAACUUGUUAGUCAGAAGCAACCCAGCAGUAAAGCCCAAUUAAUAGAGACAAUAAUUCAAUUUUGGUUUCACAUUAUUACAGCUGCAGAACUAAAAAAAAACUUGGUUUACUCCGUGGGAAGGAGUUGUAAGGCCGUAAUUAAAGCUAAAGGUUACCCAACUAGUAUUAACUGGCACGAGAAUUUUUGUAUAUCUCAUUUUUUCUAUGUGUUUCACGUUUCUUCUUAAUGACUGCUGUUGUAAUUAAUAAUCCUUCAUAAAAGUUAUUGCAUUACAUUCUUCAUUAAAUUAUCUUUCCAUUAAUAUAUAAUUUUAAGGUAUUACUAAAAAAAAAAGGUGGUGUUAUGUUCCAUCAAACCUUGGAAAUACACUUCCCCAAAAAAAGGUUUCCACAGUUUUGGUCACUAGUGUAUGUUUUAUUUCACCCUGGUCAAAGAUCCAGCUUGGCGCACACACUCAUGCACAUUUGUGUACACACACGGGCUGGGACCCUCUGGAGGCUUAACUCAGCACAGAAACCCCAGCUCUGCCUUAUGCUUCCUUGCUGCUGGGUUUUUCCAUGGGAGAAAUUAGUGCUUCUGUAACUUCCCUAUUACUAUUAGUAUUACUAUUAGUAGUAGUAGUAGUAGUAGUAGUAGUAGUAUACCACCCUAUACCUGUAGAUCUCACUUCCAGGUACAUCUGUUCACUGUUGUUGAAACUUCUCUGCAGUUGGGUUGAAAGUAUUUUUAUUUAAGAAGUGUUGCCCUUACUUCUUUUGCCCUCAGUAAUUCAGAUGGGCUGCUUUCUGCAUAUCAGUCAGUAUUCUAGGGAGGAGAAACCCUAACUCCAAACCAGCAAUAGAUAGGAUAACAGUGGAAUUUUAAAAUUGUUGAACUAUGAUAUAUUUUCCCCACCCUCAAUUAAUUAUUGCCUAAAAUUAAAAGAGGGAAAUGCUUAGCACACUAUUACAUUAAGCAGGGAAGUGACAUGAUGAGAUGGCAGCUGCUUUCACCUCCCUUUUUCAUUAACUCCAAAUAUAUCCAGUGCUGACUCUCUCUGUGUGUUUUUUCCUUGUUUUAAAAAUGGUCUGUGCCGACAGAGAGCCUGUAGAGACUAGCUUCAGAGCAAAGAGGGACAACCAAAAAUGAUAAUUGCAGACAGCGACCAUUGGUGUAGGCUCAUAUUGUUGGGAUUACUUCAAAUGUUAUGCGUUUUGUUUGCAUAAACUACUUCAGUGCAAGAAAAAACCUGUAGACCAUGGGUCUGAUUCAGCCACGCUUAUGCCUGUCUGUGACCAGCACCCAGGGCUGGAGCAGCAGCUGAGCUAGAAGCAGCUGGAGCAGGACUUGGAGUUCAGUAGGGAGCUGUUGUCCCAACAAGAGCCCAGAAGAAUCUGGCUUUUAUUCUCACUGCCAGGCCCUUCCUUUCCAUCUGCUGGCUUGCUGUUCUCAGCUGAAUAUUUUCCCUUCUCCUGAGAGACCCUCUUUAGGAGACAGUUGACAAGAAAGCCUCCUGGCAGACAAAUGUGUACUCUUGUGCCAACUGGGCUUCCCCCCGGGGUCUGCUAUCAUUUUCACUUUUCUGGUAAAGGGGGAGAAGUGGUAGAUGAGGCAGGAAAUCCAGGACAAGCAAUACAGAAAGGAAGGCAUCAUCAACCGUGUCACCUUGUUAUCUUCUCUCCUGCCAGGUGCAUCCGUAUUCAGUGCUGCUUUGCCUGUUCAUCAUGGACAGGAGAAUUCUGCAAUUGUGUUUCUCUGUCUAAUGGCAGAGCUUCCUAGCAGAUGGGUCACUUUUACUACCAAGAGAGCGAGGGGUGGGGAGGUCAGUCUAAUGCAGAUGUGCCAGCAGAGCCAACCCAGUGCUCCUGUUAAUAUGUUUGCAUUGCUUCCUCUCAUCUUCGCCCUCUUGGUAAGCAACAGUGACUCACCUGCCAGGAAGACAGUCACCUGGCAAGCCACUUCUGUAUUGUGGUGCAGACUACAUUUCUUCUGAAUUACAGGUGCUGGGCAUGCAAAAACUGAUUUAAGUGUCUUGUGGAAACAGCUAUUUGAAGGAAUACUUGGAAUUUAGGAGAUCUGAGAUAACAGGAACUGAGAAGAGAAUGGUGUGCUUAAGUUUGAUAUAUUGUCAUUCCUCUUUUUUAAGAUUAGAUCGUACAGCAAUAUUGAAAAAGGAUGAAAGGGCAAUUUUCAGUUAACCACAUAAUAGAGUUCUCAUUUUUCAUAAUCUUGAUUUCAUAAUGAUGAUAAGAUUUUAAAUUAGGGAAUCUAAACUUACGUGCAACAAAAGAAAAAACUUGCAUGUUGAAAUAGAAAUUUGGGAUAUUAAUAGCUUUGUUUUCAUACCAUAUUCCCAACAUAGACUAGGAUUCAGGGAGGUUCGUGUGUGCAAAGUGCUUCUGUGUGUACAUCUCUGCAUAUGCAUGUAGGUACAUAUGUGUGUGUUUGUGUGUGUGUGUGUGAGAGGGAGAGAGAGAGAGAGAGAGAGACUGAAAUAACGACCGAGACCAAGACUGACUUUUCUUUCCAGUGUCCCCCUCUCUUGUGUCAUAGGGUGCUACUACUUUGGAAGGCUCCUGACCUUCAAGGAGGCUUUUUAGGGAAGUGAGGGUCUGCCACUCUUGAAUGUGCACUGAUAUCAUUAAGUGCAUGUUUUCAAAUUAUUUUCCACGUAGGGAAAGUAGGAUUUUUCAUCUCUCUUUACCAUUUGAUUAUUAUUCAGCAAGGUGGCUUAAGUUGUCUUUUGCAAUGUAAAGUAUUUGAAAGAUCUGAUGGCUUGAUAUUUCUCCUGCCAUUUAAGGGAGCAAUCACUUAAUGCAGACCAGCUGCCCCUUAAUGAUACCCUUCUCUUCAUCUCCUCCCAGGCAACAUAGUACUUGAAAUCAGUGUGGUUAAGAAGUGGUUUAAUUCUUUUCCCUGCAUGCUUAUUAUUGGUAAAGCUCCAAUUCUGAUCUUUGCUAGUGAUUUAAAACUUCAGAGGCUGGAGAGGGUUAACACAAGGCAUUAUUUGUCUGUAUGUGUCCAAAUGUGCAUGCGACAUAGCUUAUUGCCAUGUGGCUAGAGCUUAGGUUUGACUCCGUUUGUCUUCUAGCACAAGAAUUUGCCGGAAACUUAGGUUGCUUGUAAUUAUCUGGGGGGAAACUACAGCGGUAAGGGAGACCUUAUAGUAUUUGAGCAUUUUAGAUGUUAACAAGAAUAGGAUGCUGGGCUUCUGGUAGCUGAGUGUAGCUUUUAAGGGGGUGAUGAGUAGGGAUUGCCUUUAGAUUGUUUUAGGAAGCCAAGAAGCUUGCAUCCACUUCAACUGCAGCACCACCUAGUGUCCAAUAACUGUGCUUUACUGUUUUGGAAUGAAAUGUGUGUAACUAGAUUUUGAUGGAAAUGGUGUAGGGCAGAGCUUUCCAAACAGCGUGUCGCACAAACCCUCCCCACACUCCUCCAGAGGCUGGAAAGGGGUUAGUUUAACUUUUGGUUUACUAGUAAAACUGAAUUACUGUGCCGUGAAAUGAUGCAUGUCUAAACAGUGUGUCACUAACAUGAAAAGUUUGGAAAGCUCUGGAGUAGGGGAACUGUGGGUAAGAAAAUGAGAUUCACUGCUGGCCAAUAUGUCCCUGCUUUGGUUUGGUGCAUGUUUGGCUUACAGAUUCUUGUAGAGAUGGUGUUCACAAAUCAACCUUCAGAAGACGAUAGCAGAGCCUAGCACAUUCUUUGGCUGGUCUGUAGCUAGAAGAGACCUAGACUUUGGAAAGUGAAGAAUUUUGAUGUCAGUGACUAGUACAGAAUUAACCAUUCCUCGUCUUUUUAAUUCUAUAUAUAGCUUUCAUAAUCUUUUGCAUAGUUUUUGGUUUUGUUUUUGAUUCCUGGGGGAACAUUUUUUCAGCCCACGGGUUAUCUUUUUUUAUGGGCAAUCCUGUGGGGUGGGGGCAUAUGCCAGUGGUGGAAGGAGCUAUUGGGCAGAGCACUGAAUGUAAGUUUUGCCCUUUGUCCAGUAGGCUAAAUUUUCGUACACCCCUCUGUAUCCUCCACCCUCUCAAGCCAGAGUCAUCAUCAGAAUUCAGGGAUAUAUUCCAGCCAGGCAAAAACACUGAGGGUGUGUGUGAGUAAGUCCCAGGGAAGGAUGUGGUGUGGAGAAAGAGGCAGAGGAGUGGGUGUGGCUUGGGGGAGGUCCCAUAGGUCAGACAGAGAGGCCUGAAGAGCCACAUCUGGUCCCUGGGCCUGACUUUCCCCUCCCCUCCCCUGUUCUGCAUUAUGCCUAUUUAAAUAUGUGUGGUGUUUUGGUUCUAUCUCAGCUUGCUUGGUGUUGCAUCUAUAUUAAGAAAUGUUAAUAUGCACCUUCGCCGCAUCAAGCAGUUGGUCCCUUACCUUUCCCGCCCUGACCUGGCCACAGUGAUCCAUGCAAUGGUCACCUCCAGGCUUGACUACUGUAAUUCGCUCUAUGCCGGGCUGCCCUUGAAGCUGUCCCAGAAACUCCAGCGGGUGCAGAAUGCUGCAGCGAGGCUCCUCACGGGGUCUCUGCCAUGGGAGCAUAUUCACCCAGUGCUUUUCCAGCUGCAUUGGCUCCCGGUGGAGUACAGGGUCAGAUUUAAGGUGCUGGUUUUGACUUUUAAAGCCCUUCACGGCCUAGGACCCUCCUACCUACGGGAUCGUCUCUCCUGGUAUGCCCCACGGAGGACCUUAAGGUCCAUAUAUAGCAACACCCUAGAGGUCCCGGGCCCUAAGGAAGUUAGAUUAGCCUCAACCAGAGCUAGGGCCUUCUCAACACUGGCUCCGGCCUGGUGGAACGCUCUGUCUCUAGAGACCAGGGCCCUGCGGGAUCUGAUCUCUUUCCGCAGGGCGUGUAAGACAGAGUUGUUCCACCUGGCCUUUGGCUCAGAAUCAGUUUGAUUCCCUCCCCCUUUUUCUUUUUCCUUUCUCCUCAGAUUGCUCCCUAAUUGUUUUAAUAUUGUAUCUUAAUCUUUUAAAUUGUAUUUUAAUCAACUUGUUUUUAUUAUUGGUUGUUAGCUGCCCUGAGCCCGGUCUUGGCUGGGGAGGGCGGGGUAUAAAUAAAAAAUUAUUAUUAUUAUUAUACACAGCAUCUAAUCUUGCCUGGGACAUUGUUGGGAGUUAAAGAAGAGCCUUUGCAACAGAUCUUACGUAGUGAGCAGGCUGGUGUUGGAGUUAGGUUUUAUUUUUAUGCCUGGCAGCUUUUAGUGUUGUGGAUGCAGCUUUGUGGACUCAGGCCUAGAUUGAACUUAGACAAGUGCCUAACAUUUUUGUUAUUUGGUAGUUGUUGAAUACAUCUUUUAAAGAGUACUUUCCUUCAAGAUUAACUCAGCCAUUUUAUAUUACAUACUAUACGGAAUCUGCAUGAUUUGAUGUUUUUAAGAUCAAUUUUUAGAUAGUUAUGGACUGGCAACUCGCAACAUAUGUGCAUUUAGCUUGCACAUUCAGUUUUAUGCACUUGCCUAAAAAAUUAAAAAAUAGAAAGGGUGUGUGUGUCUGAGGAAAAAGACUUUGGCAGUCCUACCUGCCAUUGAACCCAAUGUGUAUUGACUAUAUGCAGUCUUGGCUUUGGCACUAUUCCCAGAACAGAACCCUAGUGUAAGUUAAGAAUCACCUGCAUGUACAUUUUUUUGAUAUUCCUGUUGUACACUGCUAUGGAAACAUUUGCUGGGAAGUAGUAUAUAAAUAUUUAAAUGAACAUGCAGCUAACUUUCCCACAGUUGCCCAUGCCCAGAAUGACUCACAAUAAAGCUAAAAUGCAACAUCUUAUCUGAAAAACUAAUUUGUCCCACAACAUAACAGAAACAGAACAUAACAGAAACAGAACAGAAACAAAAAAGUCUUCAAUAAACAAAUUGUAGCAUAAAUUCAGUUUCACAGUAAAAUCAUAUGAAAUGCAAAAACAGCAUUAACCUAACCCAACCCACACAGCUAUUCCUUGUCUCCCUGCACCAAGACACCACAACAGCCUAAAUUUAAAUAGAGAAAGGUCCCUAUAGCUUAGUGGCUCAGCACAUGCUUUGCAUCCAAAAGCUCCAAAUAUAUCUGAGAAACUCUCCUGUCUGAAACCCUGGAGAGCUCCUGCCAGUCAACGCUGCGACUCUAUAAGGCAACUUCACAUACCAGGCUAGAAUAUUCAUAGCUGCCUCCCUAAUCUCUCCUCCAAGGAGGCCCUGGUAGCAGCCAAGGGGAAAUGUUGGGGAGUGGUUAAGGCUUCCCGACCCAGCUUUCUAGUGAUGGUCUUCUUGAGAGAAGGCAGUCUUUUAAAUAGCCUGGACCCAAGCCAUUCAUUGCAAAACAUUUAUGAAGAUAUUGAGAGCUGUUCAACAGUGGAAAAGACUCCCAUGAGAGAAGGUGGACUCUCCUUCCUUGGAGGUUUUAAAGCAAAAGUUGGAUGGUCAUCUGCCAGGGAUGAUCUAGUUGAGAUUCCUGCAUUGCAGGAGGCUGGACUCUCAGAAUCCUUUCAAGCUCUACAAUUCUAUGAAAUGAGCAUAUGUAUAAAGGUGAUCCAGUUCAUUCUGAAACUUAUACAUAACUAGAAGUAUAAGGCUGCAUCCACCCCUAGUUCACUAAUGGGUGAAUUAAAUGAACAGCUUUCAGCCCCAAGUAAUGCUUAAUGAAGAAGUCUUAAUAAAACAUGGGUCAAAGCACAUAUAUGAAUAUGUCUGUUAAGGAUCUGAAUACAUUUUGAGCUGACAAUAUUUAAAGAUCUUAAUUAUUCCAGUGAAAUUCCAUAUGACUACUUGGGGUAUUUGCCCUCUUUCCCUUGACCUUUGCCCAUCCCUUCCAUCUACUGCUUCAGUAUUUCCCCCUUUCUUUUCUUCUAAGAGUUCUUACAUAAAUACUGACAUGGUAAGUCAUAAUCUUGAGUUUAAAAAAGGAAAAUGACACACUGCUGCAGUUCAUGUGGCACAAAUCCUGUGUCUGCUCAGAAGUAAGCCCCACCUAAUUAACUUGGGCUUACUCCCAGGAAAGUAUGCGUCUAGGAUUGGAGCUUGUUCCUUGUGCAUUAGUGUGUUUACUAGCUUACAUUCUAAACUACCAAGUACAGCUGGAUGAACAUCGGGCUGUAAGAUGGUGGUAUAUAAACGUCUACUAAAAUACAUAUCAUGACCAAUCAAAUAAUAUACAAAUAUUGGUUUCUGCCUUAUAAAAGAGACAGAAUAAUAAAACAUUAGUAAGCUCAUCAGUCAUACAUGCCACAAAGUGCAAUAUCUAGAAACACUGGAUCAGAAAACCAAUGCAUCCUGAUCCAAGAAUCCACCUCCUCACCAUAGCUGUCAACUUUUCCCAUUUUUAAAGGGAAAAUCCUAUUCAGAAUAAGGGAAUUUCCCUUUAAAAAAUAGGAAACGUUGACAGCUAUGCCACACACACACACACACACACACACACACACACACAUCUUACUACAGCCAACCAAAGACCACCAACCAAAUGCUAGGCCACCGCCAACCUCUCUCACCACCAAGGAAAUGUAACAAGCGAACAGAAAGAGAACCCACACAAGUGACGCUGACACAAAACCCCACACAUACAGUAGAAGAAUAGAAGCAUUGCCACCCCCCUCCCCCUCCCCCUCCCCUCCCCCUUUUUUCUUUCCAGCCUUAUACUGCAUGCAACACUAAUGUCUCGCAACAGAUGAAACUGAUCUGUAGAAAACUAAGAAAUCUUUAAUAAAAAAUAUUUUUUAAAAAAGGAAAGAAAACCAAUGCAGCCAACUGUUCCUAAACAACUGUUCUGGAUAGAGAAAUGUCCUUUAAAAAAGAGAACUACCGUAAGAAUCUUUAAUAAGUACCAUUAAAAUCCUGCAUGGAUGGCUUUGAGGAACUUUGUGCAGAACGCGUGGUUUCUCCACUUUUAUAGUCUGCCUAUUUUAAGGUUCACUACUCCAUUUGCUCUCAAACUAUUUAUGCCAGAGUUUAGACUUUAGAGCUCUAUGGGAGCUCAGGCUGAUUAACUCUGUUUUAAAGGAGACUUCUUGAUCAUGAGCAUUCAAAUGAUUGAAAUACUAAUUUGUAGCAGUAGAACCUAGGCUUGCAUUGCUUAACAUCAAAUGCCUAUAUAAGUAAUGAUUGGAGGUUGGCUGUCUUUGCAUGGUACAAAGAAUAAUCACAUGGUUUUGCCCAGAAAAGUAACAUAUAACUUUACUUUCCUAUUCAUUAGUGAAGCAACACAUAACCAAAUGAUUAAUGUUUAGGACGAUGUAAAAUGCUUUCUUGUAUGAGAUAUGUCAAAUCAGUGAUGAUAGUGGGUUUGGGGAAAUGUUUGCUCAAGGCAGUAACUGGGAUGGAGAUUUAUAUGAUUGUAAAGAUAAGCUGAACUGAUCUUUUUUAAGUGUGGUUUGUUGAGCUGAAAGUGAGUCAUAGGCCUGGCUGACUCAGGGGCACACCUGUUGCAUUAACAUUUUUGCAGUUCCUUUGUUGCCUUUCUUUUAGAAAACUGGCAUAAAAAUGAAUUUAAAAUAGUGAAAACAUUGCAGACACUGGGAUAGUUAAACUGUGACCAUAUGCAAAGCAAACACACAUUUGAGUCUGUUAAGAUAGGUAACAGUGGUUCAGAUGUUAGGUUCAGUGGAAUAAAAUCUACGUUCAGAUGUAGCCCUUAGUACCAUAGGGUUAUCUUGGAUGCUGUACUAUAUGUUCUAGAGACAUUAAUUACCCUUGGAUGAAUGAGGUAACUCUUUGAGAAUUAUUCUUCUUAUCUUCAGAAUAUAUUGUUGAACUGGGGCAGAAUUUAGCCUAAGUUCAGCAUUUUUAGUUCCCCCAAUUCCAGUGGAGCUAAGCAUCUAGUUAGCUGUCACCACUGAAAUCAAUGGGGCUUUAGCUUUGACUAAAUUUUAGUCCUAAUGUUUCUACUCAAACACUUUAUGGCAUUUGGACUUAUGUUCUUGUAUCGAUUUGAAACACUUUAACCCCCUUUUUAGCCAAAAGGUUCCUAGAGCAGCAUACUAAAAUGAGCAGUAAGACAUUAUAAUGGCAGAACAACCCAAACCUCCUUUGAGGUCCUCUCCCCUAGCAUGGAAGGAGGCUUUGAGGUCCUCUCCCCUAGCAUGGAAGACGAAGAGCAGACUCCAUUUGAGGAUCUCUCCCUCAUUACAGUUGAUCAGGUAUAUGAAGACAAGCAGCAAAGUCAGUCCUCAGGGAAUGUGCAGGCGACCUUGGAACGGACAGCUCACGGAAGAACCCCGACCAAACCUAAGAGGAGGCGUGUAGUGGUGAUAGGGGAUUCCCUACUGAGGGGAACAGAAGCAGUGAUCUGUGGGCCUGACAAGAUGUCUCGGGAAGUGUGCUGUCUCCCCGGGGCUAAGAUCCAAGAUGUAACUGAACGACUGCAAGGAAUCAUAAAACCCACUGACAAAUACCCCUUCCUCUUGGUUCAUGUGGGAACCAAUGACACUGAAGCAAUAGCCUCCAGAAGAUCAAAAGAGACUACGAGGCUCUGGGCAGGAAAUUGAAGCAAUUAAAUGCACAAAUUGUCAUCUCAUCUGUCCUCCCAGUUGAACGACGUGGCCCAGGGAGAGAGGAAAAAUAGUGGAAGUGAACAGCUGGCUUCGCAAAUGGUGUAAACAGGAACGGUUUGGAUUCUUAGAUCACGGACUGCAGUUUCUUGAAGAUGGACUUCUGGCAAGCGAUGGGCUGCACCUCACAGUGGUUGGGAGGAAUGUUGUUGCCAAAAAUCUCAGAAACCUCAUCAAGAGGGCUUUAAACUGACUAAUGUGGGGGAGGGAGACAGUGCUCCUGAAGGUAGGAGUCUAUCAAUUGAUGAAGAUGAUCAUCCAAAUGUCAUAGACCAAAUGGAGCAAACAGCAUGCAGACCUAGUGGUGGGAGGAAAAAAUCCUUAAAUAAGAGACACGGGGUAAUGAUUAAUGGACUUCAAUGUCUGUACACUAAUGCGCAAAGCAUGGGAAAUAAACAAGAUGAGCUUGAGCUCUUGGUACAGCAAACUAAAUAUGACAUAAUAGGCAUCACUGAAACCUGGUGGGAUAAGUCCCACGAUUGGAAUGUAAUAAUGGAGGGAUACAAUCUAUUUCAGAGAAACAGACCAGACAAGAAAGGAGGAGGAGUGGCGUUAUAUUUCAGGGAUGUGUAUACCUGUGAAGAGAUCCAAGAUUUAGAACCUCAAAGCCAAAGUGAGAGCAUUUGGGUCAAAAUUAAGGGAGAGAAGAAUACGAGUGACCUCAUUGUGGGAGUUUACUAUAGAUCCCCAAGCCAAACGGAGGACCUAGAUGAUGCCUUCCUGGAACAGAUGGCCAAGCAUGCAAAAGGAAGGGAGAUAGUAGUAAUGGGGGACUUCAAUUACCCGGAUAUUUGUUGGAUGUCAAACUCAGCCAAGAGCAUAAGGUCAGAUUCCUCACUGGCCUUGCAGACAACUUCAUUGUCCAGAAAGUGGGAGAAGCAACAAGAGGAACAGCCAUUUUAGAUCUGGUCCUAACCAAUGUUGAUGACCUGGUUAGUGGGGUAGAAGUGGAAGGAUCAUUAGGCGCGAGUGAUCAUGCUCUUCUGAAGUUUACUAUACAGCGGAAAGGAGCAGCCAAGCAUACUAGGACUCAAUUUCUUGACUUUAAGAAAGCCGACUUCAUAAAACUUAGGGAAGUGCUGGGUGAGAUCCCAUGGAAAGUAAUACUAAAAGGAAAGGGAGUUCAUGAUGGCUGGGAGUUUGUUAAGAGGGAGAUAGUAAAAGCACAACUUCAGGCAAUACCAAUGAGACGGAAACAUGGAAGGUGCCUAAAGAAGCCAGGGUGGCUAUCUAAAGAACUUUUAACUGAGUUAAGAGUACAAAAGGAUGUGUACAAAAAAUGGAAAAGGGGGGAAACCACCAAAGAGGAAUUCAAACAAAUAGCUAGCACGUGUAGACACAAAGUCAGAAAAGCUAAAGCACAGAAUGAACUCAGGCUUGCUAGAGAGGUUAAAAGCAACAAAAAAGGCUUUUAUGGGUAUGUUUGUAGCAAAAGGAAGAACAAAGAAACAGUGGGGUCACUCAGAGGAGAAGAUGGUGAAAUGCAAACAGGGGACACAGAAAGGGCUGAACUCCUCAAUGCCUUCUUUGCCUCAGUCUUCUCCGAUAAAGAAAACAAUGCCCGACCUGAAGAAUUUGGAGCAAAUGAUUCAGCAGAGGAAACACAGCCCAGAAUAACUAAGGAGAUAGUACAAGAAUACUUGGCUAGUUUAGAUGUAUUCAAGUCUCCAGGGUCAGAUGAACUGCAUCCAAGAGUAUUAAAAGAACUGGCAGAUGUGAUCUCAGAACCACUGGCAGUCAUCUUUGAGAAUUCCUGGAGAACAGGCGAAGUCCCGGCAGACUGGAGGAGGGCAAAUGUUGUCCCUAUUUUCAAAAAGAGGAAAAGAGAGGACCCAAAUAAUUACCGCCCAGUCAGUCUGACAUCAAUACCAGGGAGAUUCUGGAGCAGAUCAUUAAGCAAACAGUCUGUGAGCACCUAGAAAGGAAUGCUGUGAUCACCAAUAGUCAGCAUGGAUUUCUGAAAAAUAAGUCAUGUCAGACUAACCUGAUCUCGUUUUUUGACAGAAUUACAAGCCUGGUAGAUGAAGGGAACGCAGUGGAUGUAGCCUACCUUGAUUUCAGCAAGGCAUUUGACAAGGUGCCCCAUGAUAUUCUUGUCAAGAAGCUGGUAAAGUGCGGUCUUGACUAUGCUACCACUCAGUGGAUUUGUAACUGGCUGACUGACCGAACCCAAAGGGUGCUCAUCAAUGGUUCCUCUUCAUCCUGGAGAAGAGUGACUAGUGGGGUGCCACAGGGUUCUGUCUUGGGCCCGGUCUUAUUCAACAUCUUUAUCAACGACUUGGAUGAUGGACUCAAGGGCAUCCUGAUCAAAUUUGCAGAUGACACCAAACUGGGAGGGGUGGCUAACACCCCAGAGGACAGGAUCACACUUCAAAAUGACCUUGACAGAUUAGAGAACUGGGCAAAAACAAACAAGAUGAAUUUUAACAGGGAGAAAUGUAAAGUAUUGCACUUGGGCAAAAAAAAUGAGAGGCACAAAUACAAGAUGGGGGACACCUGGCUUGAGAGCAGUAUAUGUGAAAAGGAUCUAGGAGUCUUGGUUGACCACAAACUUGACAUGAGCCAACAGUGUGACGCGGCAGCUAAAAAAGCCAAUGCAAUUCUGGGCUGCAUCAAUAGGAGUAUAGCAUCUAGAUCAAGGGAAGUAAUAGUGCCACUGUAUUCUGCUCUGGUCAGACCUCACCUGGAGUACUGUGUCCAGUUCUGGGCACCACAGUUCAAGAAGGACACUGACAAACUGGAACGUGUCCAGAGGAGGGCAACCAAAAUGGUCCAAGGCCUGGAAACAAUGCCUUAUGAGGAACGGCUAAGGGAGCUGGGCAUGUUUAGCCUGGAGAAGAGGAGGUUAAGGGGUGAUAUGAUAGCCAUGUUCAAAUAUAUAAAAGGAUGUCACAUAGAGGAGGGAGAAAGGUUGUUUUCUGCUGCUCCAGAGAAGCGGACACGGAGCAAUGGAUCCAAACUACAAAAAGAUUCCACCUAAACAUUAGGAAGAACUUCCUGACAGUAAGAGCUGUCGGACAGUGGAAUUUGCUGCCAAGGAGUGUGGUGGAGUCUCCUUCUUUGGAGGUCUUUAAGCAGAGGCUUGACAACCAUAUGUCAGGAGUGCUCUGAUGGUGUUUCCUGCUUGGCAGGGGGUUGGACUCGAUGGCCCUUGUGGUCUCUUCCAACUCUAUGAUUCUAUGAUUCCUUUGCUGAGGAAGUGAAUUGAGUGGAGGUUGCAUCUGCCCAGCCCUACAGGCCUCCAUCAGCCUCCUGCUAGACACCACCUUCAGAGUGAUACAUGGAGCUCCUCCUUCCACCCUCAUCAGAUCUCUAGCUUAUGAAAUCUCUUCCAUCCAUAUGACUAUGAUAUUAUAAGCUGAAUCUUCUCAUUGCUAUGACAUUAGCAGAGCUGGCCCAGUCAUUAGGCAGGGUGAGGCUGCUGCCUCAGGUGACAGAAGCCCCUGCAGAUGGCACACGCAUUGGGUGCCUUGCCACUUCUGCCAGCGGUGCCAAUUUUCAGCAAGAUCACAUCCAUUUGGGGCAAGAUCUCACCUGAAAUUGUGUGAGAUCUUUUGGAACAUACAAGAUCUCACACAAAUUUGAGCAAGAUUUCACCCAAAAUUGGCAUGAACUUGCCUGAAAUAGGCACCGCUGGUGGUGUCCCUUUGCCAGCAGCAGAUGUGUCAAGGCAGGCGGUGGUUGCAGGAACAGGUAGGUGGUGGUGGGAGUGGUGGCAGUGGCAGGGCAAGGUUGCACUUCCUGUUUACUCUCAAGCAGCGGAACGAGAUGCACCACCCCUGAACAUUAAUCUUGUUCAACUGCAAAUUCCAGUACUAAUGAAACUGCAGCGUUAAACAACUAAAACCAGUCAUUGCCUGAGUUCCACAUUGAACACUCCAGUCCUCACCAUGCCAUUAUAUAUAUUGGCAGCUCAAUAACUGAUCCAUGCCAAGGAUGAGAGGCAUAUGAAGGCAUGAAGAACACAUUUCAAUAUGAAAGAAGAAACAUUUUGGGGGCUGCCUCCCUGCUUAUCAUGUUAGAGCAACAGGAGAGCCAUGAGCUUCUGAGACUAGGUUUAGAGAUGUUCUGGUGUCUAACGGUUGCAGUCUUUUAUUGGCAGGACCAAAUUCCACUCUCUAGAGCUCUUGUUCAGUUAUUGAGCUGGUUCACAAGUAAUAUUAAACCACAUUUGAAGCAUGAGUGCCCUGCUCCUUCUCUGUCUCUGGUUGUGUAGCACAGGAGAAUAAAGCUAGGAACAAGCCUGAAUCUGAUUUAUUGUUAGGUGUGAACCCAGGGUCAUACAGGACCCGAUUUGUUUCUUUCCAACCAAACCAGGAGCCAUAAGGAACAUUGGUUACGGUUUGUGGUUUCCCAUAUAGUGACAAGGUCUGGCUCAUGGGUAGGCAAACUAAGGCCUGGGAGCCAGAUCUGGCCCAAUCGCCUUCUCAAUCCGGCCCGCGGAUGGUCCAGGAAUCAGCGUGUUUUUACAUGAGUAGAAAGUGUGCUUUUAUUUAAAAUGCAUCUCUGGGUUAUUUGUGGGGGAUAGGAAUUCGUUCUCCCCCCCCCCCUCAAAAUAUAGUCUGGCCCCCCACAAGGUCUGAGGGACAGGUUUGCUGACCCCUGGUCUGGCUUGUUGCCGCCUUAUACCUUCCUCCAUGUGGCACAGUCAGGAGCAGGGGCACGCAAAAGUGCUUGUGCAUUUUAAACUGUGGUUUAACAUGGCAUGUAAACCAGGCCAAACGGAGGACACUUGUGCCAGAGCUUAUACUUCUAAUUCUGCCUGGCUGAGCCCAGAACAUAUGUAUAAGCAAGCCCAGCCGUCAUAGACUGGCUUCAUGCAGAGGAGUGAGGGGAGGCAUCAGCUAGGGAAUCCCCAGGGAAGGAAGGCUCAGAGCCAGGGGAGUGGUGUGGGAUGAUGAUGAGUGAUCAGAGGGAGAAGAGGGAGCAGACUGGAGGGAAGAGGUGUUGGAAGCUGAAGAGGUCACAGGAAUUAGUGAGCAGGAAGAAUUUCUGGCAAUGAGCAGUCAAGAAUCACAGGCAGAAGCAGAGGCUGGAGAGGAGGGGGGGGGGUCAAGAGGCAGAAAUGAGACAAGCUGCUGAAGAAGCCUUCCUGUCCUGCUGCAGCCAGGGCCCCCCCCCCCCCCCGGUUUCCCAGAACCCAAAGAGGUAUGAAGAGGGCAGAGGAAAGACAGGCAAGAUGAAGGCGCCUCUGGUUGCUUGGGAAGGAAGCAGGGGAGGAGGAACCUUAGGAAGUGGUGGGAAGGUGGGGACCUUUAGCCUCUGGACAAGUUGCUGUGCUCACCGGACCUGAGCUGCUUUGCUUCUUUGAAUAAAGACUUAACUUCAGUGAUACCUUGUGAGUUAUUGCUGACCUGUUCCUGAUAGCCUCCUUGAGACCAGCCUUCGGAAGAGGAUGAGAGAGUUUGUUCAAGGCAGGCAUGGGCGUAGCCAAGGGGGGCAGGGGAUGCAGCUGCCCCCCAUCAAGUAAAACAAUAGAAAUACUUAACUAACUGACCAAACACGUUGAUUCUGCCCCCCAACAAAAGUCCUCCCCCCCCCCAACAAAAAUCCUGGCUACGCCCAUGGCCAGAGGGGUGCAGUGGGGGCAGCUGCCCCCCUAAAUCAAGUAAAUAAAUAGAAAUAUUUCUAACUGACCAGGUGCAUCACAGAUAACUUGGGCCUGCCUGCCCCCCCAAAAUAAAUCCUGGCUAUGCCCAUGAAGGCAGGCCCCACCUUUCUACAAUGGAUGGCAGUGGCCCUCAGUUAAGUUCUCAGUGGGUUUGCUCACUAAUGUAGGGUAUCAUCCAUGAUAUAUACCGUUAUUUGGCUGUGCUUCUGGUAUUGUAGGGUUGUUUUUUAUGAAGCUCAAUCCUAUGCUUGUUGAAUCAGAAGUAAGUUCCACACAGUUGGCACCUUAACAAUAUUUAGGAUUGCAGCCUUAAACUCUUCUUAACUGUUUGAGCCCUUGGAAAAAGGUGGGGAAGAAAUUUAGGUGCAGUAAACCUGUGAAGCUGCCCUAUACUGAAUCAGUCCAGCUGCUUCAUCUAGCUCAGUAUUUAUCAACCUGGAAAUGGAUCUCAAGGUCUCAAGCAGACAAUGACAAAUUAAUCCAUUCCAUGCAUGAUUUUAUGUAUACAAGGUGUGUGUGUGUGUGCUGUGCUGUAUGGAACAAGCAAAGCUAGACUUCCAUGUGAGUAUAGAUGUUUGCAUUAGACCAAAACAAUAAAAGGGUGGGAAAAUGUAUUUUUAAUAUAUUUUGUCCAUUGGGUUGAAUUUAGACUUGCCAGUUCAUGAAUGGAAGAGUCCUUCUAUGAAUGGAAAUGAGUUUGAUCCAUUGGAGAUUCCCACUUUUCAAAUUUAACACUGCAACACCACUUCCCACUCUGUUCUGAAGGGUCUCCCAACCCCACAGAGGAGGUUUGUAAAGACUGCAGGGUGAGGGAGAAGAUGAUGUUGGGAAACUGUGUAUGUGCAGCUACUCACACAGAGUCAAUUAAGGUUUGGCAGACAGCCAGAAGGUCAUGUGAAGGAGUAAGUCUGCCUGGUGGUAACAGAGACAUGGAGACAGCUCCCUGAUUGGUCAAGCUCUCUCAAGGGAGUGAUAAUGGCCUACUAACUGGGAUGUGUUAGUUCAGUAUUUCAGAGGUUCAGAGUUCUGUGUGUCAGUGUAGGAGUUGUGAGUCGUGUCAGAGAGAGCCAGCUAAAGAUUCGUGUUCUGUUCCUGUAAAUAGUCCACUGUAUAUAAUAAACACCUAACUCCAAGUUCCUGAUUCCUGCUUCGUCUAUCCUGUCUGCAGCCAAGUCGCCAAUUGCUUCUGUGGAUUCUGCGUUUACUCUACUAGGUCUGGCUAAGGUCCUGCAACUAGUCAGAAAGUUGCGAAACACCAAAUAGGUUUUGCCAAUAGAUGAAUCUGGAAAACCUGCUUCCCCGCUUCCACCCAUGGAGUUCAUGGACUCCCACUCACUGCAACUCUGGAUCCAACCCAUUGUUCCAUUAAUUUGUAUUUUGAUUUGGGUGUGUGUGUUUUGAUUAUUUUGGUAAAUUUUGUUUACUAUAAACUGAUUCUCAGAAUGUUUGUUCCAUAGUGAGUAGAGUGGGACUUGCUUCCUGGGAUAUUUGCCUAGGUUUAUGAUCUUCAGGUGUCUUCUCAUUGAAUGCUUGAUAGUGUUUAAUAUUACAAUAGUUGGAACAACAACCUCAUGAUGGCCCCUAAUUAUCUGUCUGCUGUAUGAAAAAUUCUGUAUAAAUGAUAUUAUUUAUAAUUCCCCUCCCCCCCCCCCGAAAAUUAUAUCCAGAAACAGGUUCAGGAUGGCCCAAACACUUAUUGCCUGUGUGCUGAUCCAGAUAGGAAUGAGAAACCUUUGACCCUCCAGAUGCUGUUGGACUCGGUGGUCAGCGAUGGGAGUUGCAGUUCAGCAAAUGACUGUGCAUUUUUACAUGCCACACUAACAGCCCAGAUUAGUAGCAUAUUUGUGCCUAGCCUUGUCACCUGAAAGUUAUUUUAAAGAGAGUGAUUGUGAGCUUGAGAAAUUCACAGAAUUGUAAAAAAAAAAGAAGAAGAAGAAGUUCAUAUUAAGACCAGGAGGUGGAGACAGUUGUGAACUACAAACAGUAUGGAUAGAGCAAACUGCACUGAACAGAAGGACAGGAAGCAUACAGUGCAAGGGCAGUAUAACUUGUCAGAUGUUUGAAAUUGUGAUACAGUAGUUUUGUAGCAAUAAUUUGAUGGAACUGAAGCCAAAAAUGUCCUAUAAGGUGUUUCGAGAUAUGAGUUGAUGAAAGAGAUGUUUUUGUUGUUCAUGGAAAAUUAAUUAUUACUUAUUUUGCAAAAUAUAUAACGCAAAAUACAUUUCCCUCUGUUGCCUAUAUAGUAUCUGUUUCCACUAGCUUCUGCUGGAAACUAAUUAAAGUUUUUUGGUAUUUAUCCCCCUUAUAGCUUUGAAAAUUGACAGCAGUAGUUUAAAGGAACAGAAAAGCAAUGGAACCAGUUCAGAACCCAGUGCUUCAUCUCUGGAAAGAAGAAGCCCUUUGUCAAGGUAAAGUCAUUAAAGGCUUUCCUUCCUGAAUAGUUUCAACCUAGUAAUAAAUGCCUCUAGAAAGUUAAUGAAGCACUGGCAAGAAUAUUUUGAUGGAUGGCCUAUGGUUCAGAUUUGUGUUUCACUACAACAACUUAAAAUUUUGUAUACCUUACAAAAUAUUUGCAUUAAAGCCAGGUAUUGUUUUGCAGCUGUUGUUUUCUCAUUUUAAGACUCAAUUGACAUCUCAGUGAACCACAAAUUAGUGUGUACAGCUGCUCUCAGUAGGACUACUUAGAGACCAAACAAUGGAAGUUGUCAGGAAAAGGGCAGACGUAAAACAUAAAGUCUUGAAGAAAUAAAGUGGUGUGUCAUCUUCUGGGUGUUGCUGAGAUGUAAAUGAGCUUCAGCUCAAAACAUAUUUUUGUAUCUUUGUAAAAGAAGUAUUUGAUACUAGAUUAUUUGUUACUUUCUUCUUUUGUAUUUCCAAAUUGAGAACAUUUAAUUAAUGUCCUUGGGUUUUUUUCUAAAGAAAUGCAAUUUAUCUUUUUUCAGUUCUUUAAGUAAUGUUUUGUUACUUUUUUCUGUUAGCAUGACUCAAAUGACUAGCAUUCAAGCGAUAAUAGCAAAUGAAGUAUGGUAAACAAUUGUGGAAUUUUACAUUGGCUUUAGAUUGUUACGUGAUUAUUUGUUAAAGCACUUCCAUUGCUUGGUUCUCUUUGUUUCUACCUUCUUGGAAACAACCGUUUAUAAUACCUGAUAUAUAUGUGUAUGUUUGCAGACACAGGGUGAGAAUACUUUUCACUGCUUUAAAAUAUCCUUGAAGAUAUAUAUUGUUUUAUUUUUUAAGGUUCUUAGAAUUUGAGAAGAACUGGCCUUGGAACAAAAGUAGUUGGCCAGUAUAAUGUAUAAAUAGCAUUAUAAUACAUUACAAAAUGUAAUAGAAAAUGUAUUUUAUGUCUGAUUUUCAGGAGUUGGGGUUGGAAAGUAGUACCUUUAAAAUAUAUUUGUUGAGGUAUAUUUCUUAACAUUUUCUUUUCCUAAGGUAAUUGUUAUUUGAGGUAAUGAUAUUCUGCAAAAGUAAUAAUUGUUGCCCAAAAAAUUAAAAUAGUUUUCAGUUAUUAUUUCUUGUGUAGAAAGAACAAGCAAAUGUGUAAACAACAUGAACGUUUUCAAGAAGGGAUGUUUUGCAUUAUGAUAUAUGUCAGCAGUUUCUAGCAUUUCUGAAAUGCUGCUCAUACAGUACAGACUCUGGAGUAGCAGUAUUAUUUCUGUAAAUUUGUAUGCACGGCAGAAAGAUUUUUGGGAAGCAUUUAUGGCAUCAUAUGAUUUUAUAUCUUUGAUCUUAGGAGAAAAUACCAUUUCUAGUACAGUAUGAAUUAUUAGGGUUUCUUUUAAUGAAUAGUGUGCAUUUUAGCCUCCUCAAUAACUUGGCAAUAAAAUACUUUUCAAAACCAAAUCAGUUAGUAACACUUAUAGCUUCACACUUGACAUCUGUCUUAGAAAUAUGUUUACAAACACAAUGCAGGAAUAAAGUGUGAAAGAAUGGGAAAUUGCUCAGGUGCUUAUUUGCAGUUGGGACACAAUGAAAUUUCUUAGAGGCUGAUGUCUGAGGAUUCCACUUAUUGUACUCACUUCUUGCGCUUUAUUGCUUUUACAAGUGGUCUCGAAACUCAGUACUUGAAAAUAAACAUAACAGUCUAGUACCACUGUGGUGCUCCCCCCCCCCCCUUGCAGUGUUUAGUCACUGAGCUGAUGAGUGGCCUCGAAAAAUACCCUGAUGGACCUAAAUAAUAAUAAAAAAGGUUUCCUCUGAUGUCCUACAGACAAUAAUUAUGAUGUGCUAGUUAAGCCCAAACUACAGCUGAGGGAUUUUACUUUAAAGCAGAGGCUUGGGCGCAAAAAUGCAUUUAUAGCUCUUUGUCUGGCACCUCAUUAUGCGUGGGCCUGAUUCAUUAAGUAAUUGGUUUGCAGUUGUUUACAUGAGUAUUAAGGCUUUCUAUUCAGUAGUCUUUGAGAGAUACAUUGUGCAAAUGUUGCAUGUUAUGAAUGCAGAAUGAGGGGCAGCGGGCGAGCCCUAUUGGCUAAACACUGCACUCUGUUGAAAAGCAAGAGAAAGAGAUUGGGUGCUGCUUUGCAUAGCAAUGACUUUCUUAAUAAGCUUUACAGAUUAAUACACACAAGCUAUAAAAGAUGCAAAGAGAUACUCUUAGCACAUUUAUCCAUGCUCAUCUCACUAUUAUGGCACUGGAGAUGGGAAGAAUUGAGUGCUUUCAUAUUCGCUUUUCUUUUUUCAGUGCAACUUCGGUGCAUGAGACUUAAUAGAAUCCAAUGUUUAUUGUAUUAUAAAUCAUGGGGGAAGUAGGCAGACCUGCAACAGUUUAUUAUUAAAGAUUCUUUCAGUGUAAAUCUUUUUCCACCAUUGUGUGUCCUACAGCAAAAUCAUUUUGUGGUUGAGUGGGGAUGAAAGGCAUAAUGUACGAAGGAGUGAGUCUUAAUAGGAAGCUGCUCUCCGAUUGAAGGCCACUUGUUCCCUUUUGUCUGGAGGUGCAUGCCGCAGCUUCCUCUUCUCCAGCAAAUAUUGCCCCUUGGAUCCUAGCUUAAAAUCGCUUUCUCACAAGAUUUCUGCAGCUUGAUACAAAUACGUUUAAACUGAGGUGUGAAUUUGUUAAUUGAUGGAUUAUAUAUUCUCAAAGGAAUCAAAAUAAUUAUUUUGCAGAAUGGGUUUUCUUAGUGUUUUACUCUCUAAACCAAAUGGCUGCAGUGCAAUGUGUGUGGCAUUUUGUAGUUCUGUAGCAAUAUAGUCAGCCAGCGGAGGUCAGUAGCAUUCUAUUGUUGCAGUUUUAGGCUAGAUGCAAUGCCUUUUUCCUUUGGCUUCUUCGCUUUGCAACAUUUGAUAGUUAAAGAGCUAAAUUAGGGACCCAAAUGCUGAUAUAUUCCACUUGUAAAAUAAUGUGCACUGUUGACUUUAAGUUGGAUUCCAGAAGUAAGCCAUUAAGUUGGUUUUCAAAUUUACUCCUUAAACAGAAGCUAAUUUUAAAAACGUUUUUCACUUGACUAAAUCACUGGUUAUCAGUGAUGGUUGUUUGUGUUAAUGACUUCAAAUUGUAAUGUUUAAGACAUCUAUGCAAUGAAUGUGCCUCUAAUAAGCGCCUUGGCUCACUCUUUGCAGACAACCAUAAUGGCCAUUGGGGGUCACUCUUUCUUUGCUAAAUUUCAACAGCUUUAAUUCUUAGUCUCUUUCUAAACCAGAUGUAAAUUGUUCAGUAUAAUCAUUGUGGCACUUUAUUUCAUUCUUCCCUAUUGUAAUUGUUUGGAUAGGGGAAGGAGUAUUUUGUGCACAGAUAUAUCACCAAAACUUAGGAAUGUGCCUAUUGAAAUAUUUUGUUUAAUUUUAUAUAUGAUGCCCAUUAGACAUUUCUUUCUUUUUUUAAAUACAAUUUUAUUAAAGCUUUUUCAUAAUACAAUAAGAUAAAAUAAACUCAUCUAAAUAAAAACAAAAACAGAGAAAGAAAGAGAGAAGAAGACACAGAACCUACUCCCAAAGGUAGCUCUUAACCCUUGUCACUCACAGAACGUGGUGGACCCUCCCAGCUCUCACCUGGGAGAUCUUCUCUUCCUUGCCUCUCACUCAGGGUCCUUCCACCACCUAACCAUCACCUUCAUGUGAGUAUAAUCCUUGGUCCCCAAGGGAGGAGACUAAAGAAAAAAAGAGGGGGGAAAGGAGAAAGAUAAAUAAAAGGACUUCUGAUUUUCUCUCUGUUAGCUACAUAAAAUAAAUUAUUCAAAACAUUCACUCUGGGAUAACAUCCAACUGUUCUGCUUUCUGUUAAGCAAUAAUUUCCCAGUCUCCAGGCCCAGAUGUCUCAGAUUUGUUUAUUUUCCUUUUCACACAAAAAGUAAAAAAGUGGUUCUCUAAUUAUUAGUGGUAUAACAAAUGUCAGCAAUGGUUUUUCUCUAAUCAAACAUAUCAACUUUGCCUACAAUAACUUCAACAACCAUUCCUCCAUUCUAAACAAUAAUAAAUCUUUCUUAUUUUUUCCAUGUAAGAGUAUCACUGUGCUCAUAUAUUAAAAUGAUAUCCCAUAGUUCUUUCUUGUUAUGUAUCCAUUAAUUUGCACCCAGUUCUGUAUCUUCCAUUCCCAUUUCCUGUUGUGUUUACCAUGGUUUUCCAUCCUUAUCUAAAAAAUUAUCUCUUCCAUUUAUGCUUCUUCCAUUCUUUUUCCAAGAAAAGCACCAGAAAUUUUGUAGUUUUUUCCUCUGAGUUCACUCCAAGUCAUACACAGAGCCCUUUUGCUCUCAGCUCUAUCAAUGCCAAAUCAAGAUGUCUCUCCACAUCUCCAUCUCUCCAUCCAGGGCUCAUUCCGCUCCUCCAGAAUCACAACUCCACCAUUUGGCUGUUUCAUUCCUCCAAACACACCUGUGAAGGACUUUUCCAUUUCACCAUCUGUUCCCUCCAACUCUACCAUUUCACCCUCCUGAUCUGCCAAUCUUUUAUUCAUAUUCUUCUCCAAAGUCUCUGGGUCUGUGUGAUUUUGCUUUCCAUUUCAGUCGUCUCUGGUUUACUUGCAUUCCCCAUUCCAUUUUCCAUUUAAUCAUUCUUAGUUCUAAUCAAUUUUAUUUGCUCAUCAAACAUUUGCCAAAGGAUGCUAACAGUCAGCAGAAUGUCCAAAGGUAUAUUUGCCAUACUGAUUGUUUUUGAUCUUAUUAAUAAUUCAGUCUCAUUACAUCACCUGUCUCCACCUUAAGAUUUUCACAGUCUUAUCUCUUACUAAAAUAAACACAUUCCUUUCCCAUGGAGGAAGUAUCAAGUGGCAGAGUUACUUUCGAUUUCUAAGCAACAUUUUCAUAAAUAAAAAAAAUCAUAACAUACAGAACUCUUCUGUUCGUUUAAAACUUUCUUGACUCAAACCAUUAAAGCAGGCCCUUUUUCUGCUUUCAGCCCUUUUAAGAUCGACUUCCCUUCUAAUUGAAGUCAGAAAGUAGCUCAUGCUCCAAAUGUAAAUUUCCACUGACAGACAGAUAAAUCUCUCUCAGUUAUAAAUUAUAACUGUCUCAGAAAUAAUUAAGAAAGGAAACCUUUUGCAGAUCCCAUGCCCAUCUCGUGGGUUUUGGGUGAGAUGUUGAUUCCUCAGCUCACAAGUUGCUUAACUCUGUUUCCAGGAGCUGACAGUUUCUUGGUCUCUUGACACAGAAAACUGCUUUUUCAGAGCAUCAGAAGUUAUUUCCCUGCUAGCUCUUUUCUCUAAAGUGAAUUUGAUAGCCAAGACUUAUGUCUGGCUAUCAUCAAUCAGCACGUAAUCAUCUCCGUCAGCAGCUUGCCGACAAAAGAUGCUUAAUCUGCCAUGAUCUUCCCCCGGAAGUCAAUAGGCGUUAUGUCUGAGGUUCCACCCCUACCCCCCAAGUUUGUUGUUUUGUUGGCUAACUAAUGCAAAUAAUUACUUUGGGUAUCUUCCUGUUUCAUCUCUUUGACCAUAUCUCUUGAAGUUCCUUCAUCUGUCUUGUCCAAGGACAGGGAGACAGGGAAACUGUUGGACUACAGUUCUCAUCAGCCUCAGCUGGCAUGGUCAGUGGACAGGGUUUAUGGGAGUUGUAUUCCAGCAACAUCUGGAGAAGCACAGAUUCCUAUCCCUAAUAGAGUCCCUUUCUCCCACACCUCUCUUGGCCUCUGUGCCUCUCUCCCUCAGUCCUCCACUGAUUCUUCUGUACAAGCUGUUGUACAAAAAGAGAGAAUAUAAAUGGAGAAGUCCUAUAUGCAGCUGUAGUUUAUUUCCUCCUCCCGAUCAUGGUCAAUAGAAGAAAACAUAGAACAAAAACAGGGAAGAAAAUGCUGCUUUGAAGGCAGUUGAAGUCAUCCAUGCUGUAUGCCUUCCUGAUUCCACACACAUACCCCCACAUAUUUCAAGACUACACCUCUUCCACUUGAGUUUUGUUGCAGUAUCUGUGAUAGUAUGUUCCUAACACUGUAUGUGGAGGGCUUGCUUGGAAUACUGAGGACCAAAUAAAAUAUGAUGGCAAAAGGGAUGUGCAGCUGAGGGGUACUGAAUGCUUCCUUGCCUUAUCUUCCUGAAGUUCCUUGCCCUCAGGCACUACUGACCAGUGCGGCUUACGUCCAGCAUCUGACCGAAGCUGGAAAGAAAAAGGAGUUUUGUUGCUGGGGAGGCAGAGUGUCAAUAAAGGGUGACAAAAAUGCAGAAAUGUUGCCCUACUUAAACGAGGGGGGGCUAUUAAUCAACCUCACAAUAGAAAUGAUCAUGGGAGCAGGAAAUUAUGUGUAAGCUACACAAAAUGGGUGCACUACUUCAGACACUGCUUUGAAAAAGCUGGGAUACAAUUUGCAGCAUGAAAGGCAGAUUGAGGGGGGUGGUACAUAAAGUACACAUUAUGUGCAGUUGCAUGCUUCUUUUCCUCACUGGUUCUCUCCACCCCACCACAAAAAGAGAACACAUAGGAGAUUAGAAUUAUGAUCAGAGAACCUAUAAGAAUAGUUGCCUAACUCUUUCCCUGCUGGUUAUUUGUGAAGCAGCCGCUUCCCCCAUCACUUUUCCCUUCAAGAUUUCAAUUUCCUGGAAGUGCUUUUUGGGGGGUGGGAGGCAGGGAGAAGACUUAUGCAACAACUUAGCCCUGAGGAAUUGGACUUAGGUUCAUCAAAGUUGAAGAUUGAUGUGUGAAAAAGAGAAUCUUUGAAUUGUGCUUCACAAAUACGUUUUGUAUUAAAUCUGGAGUAAACUCACCUAGAAGAUAUUGUUCUGCAAUAUUAUUCUCUCAAUUUUAAUUUGCCUUUUUCCAUCUUCUUUCUGUGGAGAAAUUAUUUGUCUUUAAUUAUGAAACAAGCACAGUGUCAGAUUGUGAUGUUCUUGAUUGUAUUUGCUAGUUUCUAAAUGUAAGCAUUAGCUGUUAGCAGGCUUCUCACCUGUUUUCUCCAUCAACUACCGUAUUUUUCGCUCUAUAGGAAGCACCUGACCAUAGGACGCACCUUGUUUUAGAGGGGGGAAACAAGAAAAAAAUUCUCCCCCUCUCUGCUCAGUGCCCCUUCAAUGAAGCGGCAGGAGAAACAGAGUCCCUUCCAUUUCUCCUCCCGCUUGGCUGAAGGGGCGCUGCGCAGCUCUCCCUCUCUGCUGAAGCCAGGAGAGUCUUGCUCUCCCGGCUUCAGCAAAAGGAAGCCGAAGCCUCCGGAGCACAGCGGAGCCUCCCGCUGCGCUCCGGAGGCUUCAAGCGGCUAUCCCUGAAGCCUGGAGAGCGAGAGGGGUCGGUGCGCACCGACCCCUCUCGCUCUCCAGGCUUCAGCAAGCAGCGCGAGCCAAGGAGCGCGGAGGAGCGCUCCCUCUGCGCUUCGGAGGCUUCGCGUUGCUAUUGCUGAAGCCAAGGAGCCUGCAUUCGCUCCAUAGGACGAAUUUUUGGAGGGGAAAAAGUGUAUUCUAUAGAGCGAAAAAUACGGUACAGUGGUACCUCGGGUUACAUACGCUUCAGGUUACAUAUGCUUCAGGUUACAGACUCUGCUAACCCAGAAAUAGUGCUUCAGUUUAAGAGCUUUGCUUCAGGUUGAGAACAGAAAUUGUGCUCUGGCGGCGCGGCGGCAGCAGGAGGCCCCAUUAGCUAAAGUGGUGCUUCAGGUUAAGAACAGUUUCAGGCUAAGUACAGACCUCCGGAACGAAUUAAGUACUUAACCCGAGGUACCACUGUACUUUCAAUGUGCUUGUACAUUUUGGAAAAACCUAUAUGCCCCUCCCUCUGCGGACAUCCUCAGCCACAGGCUCAGUACACACAGCUAUGCAUGGAAGAUCUCUCUCUACCAAAAGGAUGAGUAGUCCUGGAAACGUCAACACAGCACUGAUCCCUUGUGGAAGGAAAGCAGCAGGGAAGAGAAUAGCUGGAAUUAGAUUCCCCCAACUGGUGGUGGUGGAGUUGACAAUGUUAUCCAUCCAUUUGGCAGUGAGCAUAUAGGUCCAGGAGUCUGUGCAUGCAUUUCCAGUCAUAGAUUCAGGGGUUUUACAUUGUGCUGAUACCCGUGGGGGGGGGGCCCUUUGUCAGAUCAGCGUAUAUGGCUUUACAGAAUUCCCAAUUUUAAUUUUAAUUUUGUUAAUUCUCACCUCUCCCUUCAUUGCACUCUGUCUCUUCCAUUAUUAAUUAAAGCUUUUCCACAGAGAAGGCCUAGUGUGUUGCACUGGGGGCUGCAGUAGGAAGGGUGAAUCACUACAGAUCAGGGGAAGCAGCUUGAGAGGGUCAUGCAUGAAUGUCAGAAGAAUUCUCCAGUUCAAGCGUUUAAAACAAAAUUUCUUAGAAUAUGCUGUGAAGAAGUGCUACUGAGAAAGAUCAAAUUUGUUUGUCCUCCAAUUCAAAGCAAUUUGAAUUUGAAACUUGAUAUUUACAGAUUAAUAAUUUUUUGAUGCAGGUUUGGUGACUAGACUGCAGUGAAAAUGUAUAAUGUUUGUAUUCCCAGUUUAAGGAGCCUUUGUCAGAAAAUGCCAUCUUUCCUCUAUUAGAUCUCCCACAGUAAAAUAGAUUGGAGGUCCAUUUUUUUGGUCCUUUAUCACAAGACUCUUAAUAGAAUAGUUAAUUCUCUAACAUCAUUGCCCCUUAUGAGAUUAUUUCACAGCAACAGCAGCACAAUAUGCAUGCAACACACAAAAGAUCAAAAUGAUUCCAGCUUGUUUGGCAGAUUCAAAAGGGUCUGUGAUGCUCAAGAUAUGAGAGCAUUCAUUUAGCAGAACAGAAUGGUGACUGUAUUUGCAUCAAGGUAGAUCAAAAGCAGCUGAAAGCCUACAUCAUUUACAUAGGAACGGGGUGAGACUAUGGGAACCCAACUGUUGAGUCCUAGCAAUACAUUUUCAAGCUGGAGAAUAAGAAUAUAGUGGAUAAAUUAAAUUUUAUUCUAAUACCUUUUAGAAUCCAGAUUGUUGACUUUUUAAAAGCUCAGGUAUCUUUAGCCAAGGACAUUCAGUAUAAUAAAUUGGAAACUGAAUAAAUUUUGAAGCCCUUUUAUACUUACAGUGGAACUAGCCUUCAGAGAAAAUCUGUUUCCUACAAAAUGAAGGCAGUUUCUGUGUAAUAUAUGUUUUAAAACUUAUUUACAGGUUUGGGCUUCCCAUGGAUAUUAGAGUGAAGAUGCAUAACAUUUUAAUAUUGCCACUAGUGAGUCCUGUUUCUGAGCUUUGAAGCUGACUUCUCAAUUUGCCUUAGCAUUUAUCAGCUUGUGUUACAUGGUGUGUUUGUAUUUUAUUGUUUUAUAUAUAUUUAUGGCAAAUACAUGUUUAGAUAUCUAUAUAUUAUUAAAUCACAAACAAUUGCAAAACUACUCUGGGUUUGAAGAAGGAAGAUGUGUUGCUAAUGUUACAAGCUGCAGCCAAUAAACAUCCUUCAUGGUUACUGUCCUUCAUUGAAAGUGAACCAUGCUGAAAACUUGCAGAAAUAGUUUUUCAGAGCUAAUGCUUGUAUAGAAAAAGGUAAAUAUGUACAGAACAUGAUGAAGAUGCUUUCAAGGUGGCCACUCCUCUUAAAAGGAUCCAUGUGUUCUUGCCCUGUGCGUGUUCAGUUUCACAACUGUGUCCAAGUAUGUUUGGGUAUAGUCACAGAAGCACUGAUGUUCAAUGUAUUUCCUAACCCAUUUAAAAUAUCUUUUAUAGGGAUGAAAACCAAAGGGGAAUGGUAUCAACAAUAAAAUCCAAAGGUAAGUAUAGAGUUUGUAAUAACAUAAACAAUUGGGUUUGCCUUCCACCUUGGUUUGUAAGAACAUGGGAAGAUUCAAGACGGUUUAACAAAUGGUUCAUCUAGUCCAUCCAGCAACUUGUUUCUACCAGUAGUCAGCCAGUGAUCUGAGAAGUUUAUAAGCAGGACCUGAAGGCAACAGCCCUCCAACAUUUGCUUGCCCAGAGCGGUUGGUAUACAGAAAUCAUAGAUAAUAGUUGCAUAUAACCCCCCCCCACUUUUGAAUGCAGCCAGUGGCAAUCAUCACUUGUAGCAAUUAAUUCUAUAAGACUAAAACUCCUGUCAUCCUUGAUCACGGGCCACUUUGGCUGAAGCUGAUGAUAACUGUAGUUGAAAACAUCUGGAGGGCAGCAGGUUGGGGAAAGGCUAGUUUACUGGGAUAUUUGACCAGGCAUCAGAAGAAAUUUCCACCAUGAUAGCAAUAUCCCUUUCCCAUCAGCCCAAGAUCAUUCUUGUUCUAUAGGAUAUAUACACACACGAUACACCAGCACCUGAAUAGUAGGAUAUUCUUUGCCCCAGUAGUCAUAACAUGCUGGAAAGGCAAGAAGUAUGCAUGGCAUUUUUGUGGGUCACCCAACAACAACUAUGUUGAGAAGCUAACAGAUAACUUAAAGUUCUUAAUAGACCAUAUAGGAGUAAGAAUUUAGAGUUAGGGUAGAGUUCUGUGAGUGUAAGCCAUCCAUACCAGCAGAUCCCAACUGGAAAAUGUUAAUGAAAAUGAAAUAAUUUAUUCUUCAAUUGAUUAUAAGCAGCUCCCCAUCCCACAGUUUCUGCACCAAAAAUCUGUUUCAUGAAACCAGUUAUUAUUACCAGGGUUUCCCCCAAGAAAUCUGAGACUGUGCCUAUGUGAAGCCAACCUCUCCUCUGCACUUUUCAUGCUUCUCCUGGUUGUGGGAGACCAGCAGGGAGCUUGUUGCAGCAGGAGGGGGAGACACCUGUCUGACUCAUCUCUGUGUCUUGGCCUCCCUCAUCUCACUCUCCUGCUUCAGCCUCUGAUUCUGGACUUCUCUCUGCCACAGACUCUCCCAGCUCACUAAACCCUGUUACCUCCUCAGCUUCCAACUCCACCUCUUCCUACUCUUCUCACUCUGACCACUUAUCGUUGUCCCACCACCACUUUCUUCUUCUUCUGUCCCACCUUCUUCCCUUGGGGGUUCCCCAGGUGGUGGUUCUUCUCAUCAUUCCUCUGUGUCAUGACAGUUGCCUGUUGAAAACCGGAUAUUGCCAUUUUUAUUUGUUAUAUGCUAUAUUUUGUUUUCCUAAUGCAGCCUUCUGGGGUGAUUCUGAUGACAGUAACUCUGAGAUUGAAGAAGCACUGCGUCCUCAAUUGCAUUCCUCACAAAAAGAUGAAUUUGAUGACUUCUAUGAUUGAGGACCAACAUUUCCCCCACAUACAUGUGCUAAAAAGCUCAAAGGAAGUUUUUCCUAGGGGGUGAUUUAGAACCAAGGUGAAUGUAAUGCUUUUCCUUGUUUGAAAUUCACAAAACUUGGGCGGGGGCACACAAAUCAAUUUGAAACAGGAAAACUGAGGGUAGGGUACUGUUUUCCUUCCCUCUUUGUUGCUGAUUGCUCCACUAAAAGCAGGGGGGUGUUUUCUUCAAAAAAAGUCUAACAGACUACAGUUAUAUGCACUUACCUAUAAUGUGCAGUUGGGCCAAAUUUCGGGGGGAAACAGAUCUGUUGUUAUUCACAGAAUUACUAAUUGUGUGAUGUUUAAGUGAUUAGCAGUCAUGGGAAGGUGUAUGUGAUCCAGACUGAAACCAUGGCCUGCUGCAGUACUGAUCCAGAUUUCUAUUCAUUUCUGUCCUAAUGCCCCCCUGCAAUUUUGUCCUUUUCCAUUGGGAUGUAGGAAUAAACCAUAUUAUUUCAGAAAUCAAAGUUUCAGAUGUGUGACUCAGCCACAUGUUUUCUUUUGUAUUUACUUUGUCUUGUUCUAAUAAAAUGCACUCUUGACAAUGU